GGGAACUUAGGGAAACAGGAGGGGAAAGAGUCCGCCGCGCUGUUUGCGGUCGGACGGCGCCUCUUGAGGGGCAGAAAUCUGGCCAGGUAAGGAGCCUGUCCGGGCGGAGAGGAGCGCCCUCCUGCCACGUGAGAGGCCGGCAGACGGAAGAAAGAACAAACGAGACACCCCUCGCUGGCGCCUGAGGUAAAUCGCUCCUCAGUCUACCUAGCAGGGUUGUUGUGAGGACAAAACGAGGAAGGGGGAAGAGCGAUGUGGACCGCUUCGAGCUCCUUGGAGGUGGAAAAGGUGGGCUGCGAAUGAAUAAAUAUUAUAAUAGAUGAGACGCAUCCACCCCCCUUUCCUCCAGCUUCCUUAUUCUCUUGAGCGGAGACUGCUGGGUGUGUAACGCCAAUCGACCCCUCCGUGGAAGGGCUAGCGUGCUGGAGUCGGAGGGCGGCAUGGGGAAGCACUCUGCACAGGCUCAAGAGCUCUCUUGGUCGGCUUCGCUUCCCUCUCCGUCAUCUUCCCACAGCGCCUGUUGUGGAGAGUAGCUUUCUGGAUUGCAAGCCUCUUGGGGCAGGGAUCUCUUCCUUUGUUUAAAGAAUAAACAAUCAUUUUAAAAUUUCCUGUUAAGCAAACUUAAUUAAUGCACCAUCCACUCACUUAGACAUUUUUAUUUAUUUAUUCUUAAAGGGAGAGCAAGUGAGAGCCAGAAUAUGUCCCUCAAGAGGCAUCUUUUAGUUCAUUUAUUAAUGCUGAUGUAGCUGCUGAGUAUGUCUGUCUUUAAAGUCGACCUUCCUGAAAAGCAUUUGAUUCUGCUUGUGGAUGCGAGGCCCACUCCAGAUAUGCCCCACCUGUGGAGGUUUCAUUCUGUCGGGUAUCUUGUGCCUGGGUUUUAGAGAUGUUUGCCCACCUUGGCCAGAGGAUGGGGCCAGAUGCUCUCCCCUGAUUUGGUGUGUUUGGAAAUACAUGUUUGUGAUGUGCAAAAGUUUUUGUUUUUGUUUUAGUCCCUUGUUGGCAUUGAGGUGGUUUAGCAAGGAGAGCUAGCAUAUAGAAGAACACAGGGUAAAAGCCCCUUGAUCAGUGGGAUGCUGAUGCUGCUUCAUGUAAUGAACAGGUCAAGUUUACUCCCUCUGUUGAAUCAGCCUUGUGCAAUCUGUGAUAUUAGGGCUAGUUACUUGUCUUCUCAAGGUGUUUAGCUUGUUCCCAGAGGACAAUUAUGUGGGACAUUGUGGACUUGGUGUUUCUUGUUUUGUGCAAAACAGUGUGAACUUUUAAUGAACAUCUGAGGGAUAAUGGUGCCAAAACUAUGUAAACAGAGAUGAUUGCAUGGGAUGGAGCAUGGGCCAGGAUCCCAUGGACUACAACUAGUUCCUCAAGCCCCAGGAGUUGGAGCAAUUUUGGACUUACUGUAUGUUUCUCAAAUAGCAAUCUCUCAUUCCACAUGACAAGCUGUUUUUGUAACUGAGAGGUGUUUCCAAGGCAGUUUGUGAUAAGGAGUAGGUGGCUAAGUCUGCUGAUAUAUGAGAGGAUGGGGACAGAAUAUGAUUGGAGUGGUCUGAAAUUGCUCUUUGGUUCCUGUUUUCUGUGAUAAAUUAAUGUGCAAACAAAAUUCUAACUACUCUUUCAAUCACUGCUUCCCACUAGUUUUUUUUCCUUUCGCAUUUAUUUUCCAUCCUUUUAAAACUAUCCUCAUCCAUUUUUGUGCAAAUAUAAUUAUAGUCCUUCAACUGUUUCUUCUUUCAACAUAAUAUUGGAUGUGAUAAAUGCAUUAAGUAUAAUGCAGUAGGAAAAUGCUGUCGUUAAACUGAACCUGUAAGUGUGUACUAAUUAAGGUAGGAAAUAUAUAUGUAUGUAUGACAGGUGGUCAGAAAAAGUUCAGGAAGGCUGAUUAAAGCUGUUUCAGUUUCUUCUUACUUUUUUGUUUAAAAGCUUUAUGUAAACUCCCUUUCAUGUAAGUGUCAAAGUAAUGUACAACAAUCAAAUCAACCACUUUAAAAUUUCAUAAAUAUACAAACACUAAACAUGGAAUCACUAAAUGAUUCUUCUCUUUUUGACAUAUGUGUGAGUGGCUUUGAAGGGAGGAAAGCUGGUAGAGUAGAUUCUUCCUUUCAUAUGUAAUUGCAUAAUAUUUUGAUCAAAUCCUACACAGUAAACAGGUCACUAGACCUUAUUAAGGUAAUUAUAGGGACACUUUAUUUUGCUACAGUUGCAUUUAAAAAACAAGCUGAACUACUUUUGUUCUUUAUAAUGGUACAGUUUAGUAUAUGCAUGUUCUGUUGGUUUAGAAAUGGUGGUAAUGAAUCAUUAUUAAUGAGAUCCAGAUCUUAUUCUGAUAAUAUCUUAUACAAGUGGAGAACUGAUCUUUCUACUUAAACUCAUUCUUGUAAUUUAGGGUGAUGAGCCAAGGCAUACUUUCUUUUAGAGUAAAAUAGUAUAAAAUACUCACACAACUUUUUUUAAAAAAUGGAAGUGAUAUCUGUAAUAGACGACUCAAAUGAUGAAUAUAGUGGUUAGUGAAGUUAAGAUUGGUGCCUUACAUGAACGUGCAGUGAUUUCAGUGAAUUGUUUUUCCGUGUAAAGUCCGUAACUGAUUGAGCCAUAUAAGAACAAAAGAAGAGCCUGCUGGAACAGGGCAAUGGUUCAUCUGUUCCAACAUACCUGUUCUCAUAGUGGCCAAAUAGAUUCCAGUGAAAAACCUGCAAGCAGGACUCAGGCACAAGAGCCCUCUUUCUCUCCCGUGGUUUCCAGCAAUUGCUAUUAAAAAGCACUACCACCUCAGGCAGUGGAGGCAGAGCAUAGCCAUCAUGACUAGUAGUCAUUGAUAGCCUUAUUCCUAAUGAAUUUUCCUCAUCUUUUUUUAAAGCCAUCCAAGUUGUUAGCCAUAACUGCUUCCUAUAUACAUCAGACAUCCUCCUUCCCCUUUAUGUAUAAUCGAAAGGGGCUUCCUGGCUGUCAGUAAAGUUGUAUGUGAUGCAACAUUUUCCACUACUACUAAACUUUUCUGAUUUUAGAAAUAGUUUCAUAACAUUGAUAAUGUAAUGAAUGAAUACAAUAAACAUCAGAUUUGACAACUGGAAUGGACACAAUGCUAGGUAGAUCUAAAAUAAAAAUUAUACUAAACUUUAUAUAAGUAGCUAUCCCUAGAAAGCGCACAGUAUAUCUAUGCACCCAGCUUUUCAGACAUGCUAAAGUUAGAUUGUUAACCACUUCUGGCGCCAUCAGGGUGUCCUUGGGCUUGCUGAUCGAGCUCCUGCCAACCUAGCAGUUUGAAAUCAUACCAGUGUGUGUAGUUAAAUAGGUACCACUGUGGUGGGAAGGUGCUCGUCAUGGUGUUCUGUGUGCCAGAAGUGGGUUAGUCAUGCUGGCCACAUGAAGCUAUCUGCGGACAAAUGCCAGUUCCCUUGUUUGAAAGCAGAAGUGAGUGCCACACCCUAUAGUCAAAUUCGACUGGACCUAACCGUCCAGGGUCCUUUAACUUUACCUUUACCUUUCCCCAAACAGUUCAGGUAUCAUCUCAGCUUAAUAAGCCAAGAUAAGCACCUCUAGGCUAUUGAUCCACCUGUCACUAGAGGCAGAAGUAAUGUUUGUGUACAAGAGUGUCUUUAUCAGUUUUGGCUGCUUCACCAGCUGCAACCCUAUGUGUUCAGUGAUAACCUUUCGUGUUAUCUUUCAGCUGGUAACUUCCCAUUUGGGCUACUCCAAUGCAUUAUACAUAGGGCAACUUUCAAAAUGAUUCAGAAACUUCAGUUACAGUAUGCUGGUGCUUCACCAUCUUCACUUGAGCACAGUCCAGCUCAUUUCCAAGCCCAGUUGAUGCAGAGGCUAUGAAUCAAGUGCCCCCACAAAGUGAGGUGUGGAAGGUGGCUACAAAAGAGAACAUACUGUGACGCUCUUAACUGUGGAAUGCCCUCCCCAGGGAUGCUCACCUGGGACCUCCAUGGUGUCAUUUCAAUGUUAGGUGGAUACCUUCUUUAAUUUCCUAGGCUUUUCAUUUGUUUCAUAUGUUUUUACUCUUUUGCUUGCUUUUUUUAACACUUUUUAUUUUUAUUGAACUUCAAUGUGUCUCUUUUUUGUUGUGAGAUGCUCUGAGAGCUUUAAAUAAUUAUAUGUUAGGCUAGUGUCCUUACUUUAGUCAUUGAAUGUAAUAUGGAGAAAGGUGCUAUUAACGCCACUUGAAAUCUGUGGACAGAGACACUUAAAUACCAUUAGGUGUUACAAACUAUAUAAUAACCUCAUCAAUACAUACUACUAAAAAAGCAGUAAAAAGUACAGGGAUGCAAUAAAGCAUUAUACAGAAAGACAGGUUUUAGGGCAGGGGUAGGCAACCCUCCUGAUAUUGCAUUAUAACUUCCACCAUCCCUGAUCCUUGGCCCUGCUGAUUAGGACUGAAGUUGGAGUCCAACAACAUCUGGAGGGCCACAGGUUCCCCACUCCUGGCUUAGGGUUUGAUUUUGUGCAAAUGAGCUAGUGUGAAUGAACUUGUUUUUGUGAAGAGUACUAGGAACAUUGGACGCGGGUGGCGCUGUGGGUAAAACCUCAGUGCCUAGGACUUGCCAAUCGUAUGGUCGGCGGUUCAAAUCCCCGCGGCGGGGUGAGCUCCCAUCGUUCGGUCCCAGCUCCUGCCCACCUAGCAGUUCGAAAGCACUCUUAAGUGCAAGUAGAUAAAUAGGUACCGCUUUAUAGCGGGAAGGUAAACGACGUUUCCGUGUGCUGCACUGGUGCUGGCUCACCAGAGCAGCUUCGUCACGCUGGCCACGUGACCCGGAAGUGUCUUCGGACGGCGCCGGCUCACGGCCUCUAGAGCGAGAUGAGCAUGUAACCCUAGAGUCGGACACGACUGGCCCGUACAGGCAGGGGUACCUUUACCUUUACCUUGCUAGAACAUCAGCCUUCAUCUUGGUUAUUUACAGUGUUUGAAAUUAGCCACUGACUAUCAGCCACUCCUGCCAACCUAGCAGUUCGAAAGCACGUCAAAGUGCAAGUAGAUAUAUAGGUACUGCUCUGGUGGGAAGGUAAACGGCGUUUCCAUGCGCUGCUCUGGUUCGCCAGAAGCGGCUUAGUCAUGCUGGCCACAUGACCCAGAAGCUGUACGCCGGCUCCCUCGGCCAAUAAAGCGAGAUGAGCACCGCAACCCCAGAGUCGGCCACAACUGGACCUAAUGGUCAGGGGUCCCUUUCCCUUUCCCAGCCACUUGAGGCCAUAUGAAGAUGCCUGGGUGCCCGGGGGGCGCCUGGCGUCUCCACCACCUGGAGGUUCAUGCCUGGGGAUCUUUGGAUUUUGACUGUUUUCACACACUAAUACUACAUCCAGUAGAAUUCUGUCAGUUAUAUUUUAUCUCCACAAUCAGAAUGAAUUUCAGGAACCAAAAUGCUUUUUCUCUGCAGCCUGAGCAGGUGUAGUGAACAAUGUUAGAGUUACUGGUAAUUGUUGUAGCUUGUCCUCACUUACUCUACCCCCACUGCCUUGCUCACAGUUGUAAAGAAUGUUCUUAUGUCUUAUUAAUGGUCUGUGUCACCAUUAAGAAAAAGAGGUUGGAAUAGGCCAAUAUAUAUGUUGGCUGUCUCUGGAUAAAGCAACUUUUCUACUUUAAGUUUUCAAAGUUCUUAACCUAGCACAAGGUUGUCAUCUGACCUAACCAGAUGCUUAAGUGAGAAUCAAUUACAGUCAGUCCAUCAUUUGAAAAAUGAAACUUUAGAGCUGUCUUGCCCCAAAAUGGCAACUAAACAUUCCAUUUUUGUGACUGUAUGCUUCUUUGUGAAGAAUUUUUUUUAACAAGCAAGUUAUACGUUUAUUAAACUUAAAGUAUCUCUGACAGGACUUGCUUACCAUAAUUUCAUGAUGCACAAAAAUGUAAAUGUAAAUUGUGUAGAUAAAGGACAGGAUGCAGAGAACUGUACAACUAACUUUUUGUGCCCAUGAGGGCAUUAGAUUACCGUACCUUAUAUUUCCAAAACAGCAGCCCCUUGUGCCAUUUCACAGGACAUACUUUGAAACUUAGUUGAGUUUUAAAAGUAAAUUGGGCCUUCAGAAGUGUGCUAAUGAAAGAGAACAUAAAAAUAGAACUUCCGGGGGGCGGCGCGAACGGUAAUGGCGGUCUUCUCCCGACCGGAGAAGAAGCUCCGCUGAAACCGGGUCGUCCGCUACGGCGAAGCGGAGACCCAAGGAGAAAAACCCCAGGCAGCAAGAGCCUGGGGUCCUGAGGCUCGGCGGGCGCCAAGAGCAGCCCUCCAACUGCAGAAGGAGCCUCGUAAGAGGCUCCGGAGCGUGGAGGGGGGCUGCGGCGCUGUGAGCCGUUUCACAGUCAGCGGAGUGAAGCCGCGCUGCUGCUGCCGGUGAGCGCUGAUCCCUUUUCCUGUUAAAAUUCGGAUCUGGAAGAAAACAACUUACUCGUGAGUAAAGACUGAAUCACUUGGAAUUACAAAUUUUAAAUGAGAAGGUUUAAAUUGACUUGAAUUUGGCUGAAAGCGGAGAGACGUGGAAACAGGAAGUCCGUCUUCCGCUGCCAUUGAACUUGGAAAAAAAGCAACUAAAGUGGAGGAGUGGAGGCUGAAAGAAAGAGAUUUUAAACUCUACACAGCCAAGCAUCUAUGGAACUUACAAUUUAAAGUAAAAUUAGCAAGUUAAAGAUUUGGACCUUUUAUUUGCACUUGACUUUCCCCCUUCUAUUGGAUUACAAAUUGGAAGGUGAAACCCAGAGUCAGGAUUGCUUGAGCACUGUAACAGUGGGCUGUCAGUGUUUGACUUGGAUACUGUAUAUUAGAAGUUGCAACAAUCUGAGGGUAUUGAGACCUUUUAAAUUUGAAACAUUCUUUUGGAGACAAAUAAGCACUGUCUGCAACAAAGUGAUUACUUUUAAACUCUGCUUAAUACUUAUAUUGGAAGGUUCUGGGACAUUAAAUCAGACUCUGAAAAGACACUUUAAGCUCCCUCUAGAGGAUUGGAUUAAAACAGUGACUUUAUAAAAACAUUUACUUUCGAUUCUCUUGCUGUCUGCUUGCUCUGGGCCUCUCUAUUCCUGUGGGAAAAACUCAGUGUGACCUUGACUGAUAGAUAACAUUGGAAUGAGUGGUACAAGAAGAAGAGGAAGAGUUAGACAAACAACUCUAACAAAUCUAACCUCAGCCUCGCAGACACGUAGAUCAUCUGUGCCUACUUUGCCCUCAGAAGUACAACUUGAAGAAGCUGCCUUGCCACAGGCAAAAGAGGGAGAGGGUGAAGAAGAGCAGUUACAAUUGGAAGAUAUGGCCUCAGGAGCAUCUGUUUCUGUGCUAGAAAAAUCUUUGAAAAAUUGGAAGCUUUGGACAAGAAAGUAGAUGCGCAAUCAGCAAAGAUUGAUAAAAAUACAGAUUGUCUAAACAAAUUAACUACACAGGUGGGACAGAAUACACAAGCAAUUGGACAGUUGACGGAGGCCUCAGUAGAAAACCGAAAAUUGGCUGAGGAUACCAGACAAAAAUUGGAAAAUUUAGAGCAAGAGGUAAGACCACUCACUAAACAAGUUGGGGAACAUCAGACUUAUCUUUCUAUGAUAGAACUGCGAAAUCGUGAGAAUAAUUUGAGGAUUAGAUCAUUACAAGAGGCAGAAGAAGGAAAUCUAACUGAGUUUUUGACCAAAGAACUUUCCAAGUUCUGGAAUUUGGAAGAAAAGGACUUUAAAAUUGUGUCAGCUUUCAGACUUGGAAGAUUUAUAAAGAAGGAGAGGCCCAGGGAUUGUUUGAUUACAUUGAGAUCGAAGGAGGAAAGGGAUAAGAUUUUGGGCCUACAUUACGAAAAGUCACUGGAAGUUUUGGAUAGAAGAAUUGAGAUAUAUAAAGAUAUCCCAAGACAACUGUUGGACCUUAGAGCCGCCUAUUCCGAACUUGCUAAACUAUUAAGGAGCAACGCAAUUCCAUUCAGGUGGGAUUUUCCCCAAGGAUUAUCUUUUACCUUUAGAGCGAGAAAGGUUAAAAUUAGAACAUUGGAAGAGAGAGAUAAAUUUUUGGCUACACACGGAGAGGACCUACAUAAAGGAAUUGAACUACCUUCCGGGCCUGAGGCAAAGCCAGCAUCAAUACCUCCACCUCGGGAACUUGAAGAUCAAGAGAAGACACCACCCCAGGAGAAAUAACCAGAUAGAUCCAGGAUGUCUCUGCAACUGUUGAGUUGGAAUAUUAAUGGUUGCAAUAUUCCGGAGAAAAGGAAGAAAAUAUUUCAUAUAUUAAAAAAAGAACAAUUGGACAUUAUUUGCUUACAAGAAACACAUGUGACGAGGCUCCACAGAAAAGUGUUAAUAAAUAAAAGAUUGGGCCAGGAAUUUAUUUCGUCGGAUAAAGUGAAGAAGAGAGGAGUGGUGAUAUAUGCAAAAGAGAGCCUGUCACCUAAAUUUCUAUUUAAAGAUGAGCAUGGAAGGAUUUUGGCUAUUGAGAUACAAUAUCAAGGAGAGAAACUGCUGAUAUUAGGAAUCUAUGCGCCUAAUGAAGGGAAAUCGGAAUUUUACAAGAAGUUGCAGGGGACAAUGCUGGAUCAUCUGGAUUACAACAACAUCAUAAUGAUGGGAGACAUGAACGGGGUCGUGUCAACUAACAUGGACAAGUCGCAAAGUCAAAACAUCACAAAAGAUGGCAGACUACCUAAAACCUUUUUGAAAUGACUGACAAUAUGGACUUGAUCGACAUUUGGAGAACAAAGAACCCACUAGGUAGAGAAGGAACAUUCUUUUCUGAAGCCCAACUGACCUGGACAAGAAUCGACCAAAUAUGGAUCUCUAGAGGCCUGGCACCUAGGGUUAGAAAAGUGGAAAUCUGCCCAAAGACCUGUUCUGACCACAACGCAGUAAAGAUGGACAUGACACUACUACCAACUGGAUCCUUUAGAUGGAAGAUGAAUGACAAUUUGUUUAGAGAUCAGGAAAUUACCAAGAAGGCCCAAAAAGUUUUGAAAGAUUAUUUUGAGAUAAAUAUGAACAAUUCGGUGGAAAAAAGAAUCGUCUGGGACGCAAGCAAAGCUGUUAUGAGGGGAUUCCUGAUACAACAGAAUGUAGUAAAGAAAAAAACACAAAAUGAGAAAAAGACAAGAUUUUGGAUAAAAUAAAAGAAUUAGAGAAGAAAUUAAGAGUGAAUCCAAAGUCACAGCCAACUCUGAGAGAAAUUAAACUGUAUCAAACACAGUAUUCUAAAUUGAUAAAUCAGGAAAUUGAAUGGAAGAUCAAAUUAAUGAAACAAAAACGUUUGAGUCGGCGAAUAAAUGUGGAAAACUGCUAUCCUGGCAGUUGAAGAGAAGACAAAGAUUAAACACGGUUACAAAUUUAGAGGUUGAUGGAAGAAACAUUCAGAAUCCAGUGGACAUUAGAAAGUGUUUCCAGAGAUAUUUUAAAAAUUAUAUACCCAAGGGCCGCAAGACGAAGUUGAGAUUAAACAAUUUUUGGCAAAAAUGGAUUAUCUAAACUGUCACAAGAAAAUAGGACAAUCCUGAACUCUAAAAUAACACGACAGGAGAUUGAACAAGCUAUUCAGAACAUGCAACUUGGCAAAUCUCCAGGGCCAGACGGGCUGACCUCCAAGUAUUACAAGAUACUAAAAGACUAUUUGAUACAACCUUUGAUGGAGGUUAGCAAUGAAAUUAUGGAGGGGAAGAGGGCACCGGAUUCGUGGAAGGAAGCGUUUAUCACAUUGAUACCAAAGUCAGAAACUGAAAAGACACAACUGAAGAACUACCGUCCCAUCUCCCUUUUAAAUGUGGAUUACAAAAUAUUUGCAGAUAUUUUGGCAAGUAGAUUUUAAAAAGUUUUAAAUGAAGUAAUUCAUAAGGACCAGGCCGGUUUUCUCCCAGGUAGACAUUUGUUUGCUAACACAAGGAACAUUAUUGAUAUUUUGGAACUUCUCCAAACUGACAUAAAUACAAAAGCUGUUUUAAUUUUUAUAGAUGCGGAGAAGGCCUUUGAUAACAUUUCUUGGAAAUUUAUGAUGGGAAACUUAAAAGAGAUGGGAGUGGGACGGGGUUUUGAGAAUGGGAUUGAGGCGAUAUAUUCAGAACAGAAAGCAAAACUGAUAGUUAAUAAUGUGGUUACAGAAGAGUUCAAAAUUGAAAAAGGGACACGACAAGGUUGCCCUAAUUCCCUUUGUUAUUUAUUUCGGUUCUGGAAGUGCUAUUGAACAUGAUUAGAAGGGACCAGCUGGUGGAAGGAAUUCAGGUUGGUCAGAAACAAUAUAAAUUAAAAGCUUUUGCAGAUGACCUGGUUUUGACCUUGCAGAAGCCAGAGCCUAGUACGAAAAGAGUAUUACAAUUGAUUAAUGAUUUUGGUCGGGUGGCGGGAUUUAAAUUAAACAAACAGAAAACUAAGGUUUUGGGGAAAAAUCUGACUGAGACAGAGUCAGAACGGUUUCAGAAUGAGACGGAACUUAAUGUGGUUAAAAAGUAAAAUACCUAGGGGUAAACAUAACAGCAAAAAUCUAAGUCUAUUUAAGGAUAAUUAUGAAAAAUGUUGGACAGAAAUUAAGAGAGACUUAGACAGUUGGUCAAAAUUGAAACUUUCUUUGUUAGGCCGAAUUGCUGCGAUUAAGAUGAAUGUAUUGCCAAGAAUGUUGUUUUUAUUUCAAACACUGCAGGUAUUGGACAAAAUGGAGUGCUUUCAGAAGUGGCAGAGAGACAUUUCGAAGUUUGUCUGGCAGGGCAAAAAGCCCAGAAUUAAGUUUAAGAUACUAACCGAUGCUAAACAAAGAGGGGCUUUGCCCUGCCGGACUUAAAGUUGUACUAUGAAGCCGCAGCGUUCUGCUGGCUAAAAGACUGGCUACUUCUUGAAGACACUGAUGUGUUAGAUUUGGAGGGGUUUAACAAUGUUUUUGGAUGGCAUGCAUAUUUAUGGUAUGACAAAGUUAAAGCAAAUAAGGCCUUUAAGAACCAUAUUGUUAGAAAAUCACUGUUUAAUGUCUGGACAAAAUAUAAAGACUUGCUGGAAAAUAAAACACCAAGGUGGCUUUCACCUUUGGAAGCUAAGGCUCGAAAAGACCCAAUAUGGAGGCCACAUGGCCAAAAUAUUGGGAAAUACUAGAAAAGAUGGAGACAAUUGGAAAUUGCAGAGCUUGGAGAAAAUGAAAGACAAAGUGCGAGAUUGGUUACACUAUGCUCAGAUUAAAGAAGUUUUUAAAAGUGAUAAGAAACUAGGGUUCCAGGUGGAGAAAUCGAAAUUAGAAACAGAAUUGUUAGAACCAAAGACUAAGAUACUUUCAAGGAUGUAUAACUUGCUGUUGGAAUGGAAUACACAGGAUGAAAUGGUUAAAUCGGCCAUGAUAAGGUGGGCACAGGAUAUUGGGUAUAAUAUUAUGUUUGAGGACUGGGAAAGGCUGUGGAGUAAUGGAUUGAAAUUUACUGCAUGUAAUGCUUUGAAAGAAAAUGUAAUGAAAAUGAUUUAUAGAUGGUAUAUGACCCCAGUCAAACUUGCAAAAAUUUACCACCUGUCUGACAACAAGUGCUGGAAAUGCAAAGAGUGUGAAGGAACGUUCUUUCACCUCUGGUGGACAUGCCCUAAAGUGAAGGCGUUCUGGGAAAUGAUUUAUAAUGAAUUGAAAAAGGUAUUUAAAUAUACUUUCACUAAGAAACCAGAGGCUUUCCUUUUGGGUAUUGUCAGCCAAGGGGUGGCAAAGAAGGACCAGACAUUUUUAUGUAUGCAACAACAGCAGCAAGGAUACUACUCGCAAAACAUUGGAAAACCCAAGAUCUACCCACACUGGAAGAAUGGCAGAUGCAACUGAUAGACUAUAUGCAACUGGCUGAAAUGACCGGCAGAAUCCGUGACCUGGGAGAAGAGAGAAUCGAGGAGGAUUGGAAGAAAUUUAAGAACUACCUACAAAAACAUUGUGAUUUGAUUGAAUGCUGAAUAAGAUGCUGGACUAAAUAACUGAGCACCACUUAACUUAGAAAUUUUUAAGGAAACAAGAAAAAUUGUGAAAGUUUAACUCUUUAUGAGAACUUUAAGAUUAUGAAAUAUCGAAGAGAUAUAAGAAUUUAAAUAAGAUGAUAAAUUGCUGACAAAAUGUUAUAAUGAUGAAGGUGGGAGCGGGAGAUGUGAGGAAGUCCAAAGAAAAUGUGAAAUUAUGUUAAGACGAAUGCUAUAUUGUUUAUUACAUUUAUUUCUAUUGUAAAACCCAAUAAAUUGCUUUAAAAAAAAAAUAAAAAUAAAAAACUUUGCUCAUCUGCAAUUGUAUCAUGGGUGUGAACCUAUGGCAAGUUUUUGGACUUCCGCCAGUGUAUGCCAAGCCAAGAAUUUAAACUUUGGUUGGCUUAUCUGAACUCAGUGGGUGUCAGUGCUUAGAACUGACUGGCAAGGAGGGACGUUCAGAGUGCUAAGUUCAGGGAAGCUGAGCUGUAAGCAAAUUAACUUCCGCAAUUGUGCAUUCACAGGCAAGCUCUCUGCUUUUGUCCAGCAACACAGAGUUAACAGUGAAGCUUCAAGCUAAGCUUUCUGCAAUUUUACACCAUUUUUUUCUUUUUGAGCUAGUGUUGCGUUUUUGUUUACAUUCCCAAGUUUGUAGUUCUGUGCCUAGAUUCAAGUAAUAUUUUAGCUAGUUAUUCACUGAAAAAACAAGGUUUAUUUUCUUAACAUUAUGUAAUACAUUACUGCUCAUUCCCGGACGCCUUCCCUAUAUAGAGAGGUUAUAUAAACAGGGUUGUGUUCUUGCCCCAACUAUUUUUGGCAAAUACUUCUCCCUGGUAGUCUCCUAUGCCUUUGGAGCAAUGGGGGUCUGUUCAACCUGGCAUGUCUCUGCGCCAAGACAAAAGUGUUGCGGGUCCUUAUCCAAGAGAUUUUGUUUUCAGAUGACGCAGUUCCUGGAAACAGAUGGUCAGGUUUUACAUCUAUAGCAGUGACCAGAGGAGGAAUGGCCACUUGGAACAGAGAGCAGAAAUGCCAUGGUUCAUCUGCAGCAGCACAACUGGACACCUUCAUCUGCCUCAGCUGUAACAAAACAUGUCACCCCUAUAUCAGUCUCUACAGCCACAGCAGGUGCUGUAACCUUCCAAAAGUUUGACUUCAACCCCAAAGGCGCACUCCUCCAUGGUCUCCCGAGACAGAUGGAUUUCAACUAUUCUUAGGGGCUGUGAAGAUCACAUUGACUACUUAAUCUUCAUACCAUUGUGGUUUAAUAUAGCAUGAUUAAUUUGGUCAGGUUAAAAUGUAGUUGUUCAGUGAACUAAUAUUUACAGAAAACAUCUCAACCUGUGCAAAUUACAGUUGUUACAGCAAUCUUCUAAAAGAAGAUAAAGAGCAUAAUAGGGUAGGAAAUGCAUCUUAGCCAAAUCCCCUUUUAUCUAUUAUUUGAACUUAGUUACGUGAAAACCAUCUUUUGUUAAAGUUGAUUUGCACCUGCUACUUAACUGCCACCUAAACUUCUUGUUCUGUGUCUGUAUUUGUAAUAGGGUAAUAAUCUUUAUUGAAAUUGUUAUGUGACAAACAGAGCUUUUAUACCAUAAGGUGUAAAAUUAGCAGCAGGUGAAUAUGAAAUUCUAAAACCCCUUGUUUUGUACAUGUUUUGUGUUUAGGGUUUUUCAAGAGAUUUUGGGAAUUAAAAAAGCUUCAUUAACAUGUAACCUUGAAAUUUUGGAUCCCCUCCAAACUGAUGCCAAAGUUUUGUGGUGCAAACCCUGUGUUUUGUGCUACCCCCAAACUGAAUACAGUGGUACCUCAGGUUACAUAUGCUUCAGGUAAUAUCUGUUCUUAUCCUGAAGCAAAGUUCUUAACCUGAAGCACUAUUUCUGAGUUAGCAGAGUCUGUAACCUGAAGCGUAUGUAACCUGAAGCGUAUGUAACCCGAGGUACCACUGUACUCCAAUUUAAUCGCAGACUCUCUAUUUUGAUCUGAUCAAUUGUUAAUUUACAAAUUGCCAAACAUCUUGUGAACUCUUCAGGAAUAUUAUGUAGAGGGUAGUUAUAUAUGAGGACUGUAUGUCCAUUUUUUAUUCUGGAAAUUUAUACAAUUUGAAUUAAUUGUUCAUUCCUUAUACAGUAUCCCAGUUUCUCCAAAGAUGAUGAUAUUGUCAGCAUGAAAGGAAGGCUUUAAUUACCUGUUUUCCUAAUGACCUCAUUCUAUCUGUUUGGAAUUUAUGUAAACAAGGGCUUGGUCACAUUUGAAUUGCAGAGAUAAUUGUAUUAUUCCACAUUUGUUGUUUGGGUCAAUCUUCCAGGGAUUUGUGCACACAGAUGAUGGUACAAUUGUAGGCCUGCCAUCCUUUUUGCUCUUGGAUAUUUUUGGACCAAGUACAGGUUGCAGUGCUUCUUGGUGACAAUACCAUGUACUCUACUCCCCCCGGCCUUUAUUUACCUUUGGAUAAAAUAGUCUGAAUGAAAUCGCAGGUUGCUUGUCGCAGGAAGGUAUAUAUUUAAAGCAUCACAUAAUGGCCUGUGACAUAGUGGUGGUUUCCAUUGUGGAAAAUCUUGCCUAUAUGCACCUCACAUUUUUGUUAGGGUAUUCUUUUAGUUUAUGUGUUUAUUUGGAAAAAUUACUGAAUGCAAGCAAUGCUUUGUUUGAUUAUGCAUCUUGAUCAAUGUACAUGAUAUUUUAUGAAGUUCUGUCCCAUCUCCAUACCUCCAAAAAAUUAACUCCAAGGAUCUUAUAUUCUAGAACUUAACAUUUGGAAGCCCACCCAACACCCAUGUAGCUCCAUGGACAGACAAGCAGGCAGAGGAAGGUGCUGGGGAAGGCAACAAGGUGGGAGCCAUAGACACACAGAGUAGCAGCCUCCAAUGGCUCACUGCAUGCAGCAAAUGGGAACUCAGUACAGUGGUGCCCCGCAAGACGAAUGCCUCGCAAGACGGAAAACCCGCUAGACGAAAGGGUUUUCCGUUUUUGAGUUGCUUCGCAGGACGAAUUUCCCUAUGGGCUUGCUUCGCAAGACGAAAAUGUCUUGCAAGUCUUGAGAUUUUUUUUUUCGCUUCCCCCCCCUUUAUCUAACCUGCUAAGCCUUUAAUAGCCUUUAAUAGCCUUUUAGCAGCUAAUCCGCUAAGCCUUUAAGCCUUUAAUAGCCGCUAAACCGCUAAUAGCGCUAAUCCGUUAAGCCGCUAAUAGGGUUGCUUCGCAAGACGAAAAAACCGCUAGACGAAGACUCUCGCGGAACGGAUUAAUUUCGUCUUGCGAGGCACCACUGUAUACAUCUGGGAAGGGGUCCCACUUCCAGUUGCAUGACUGGCAAAAAGAUAACAAUUUCUGGACAAAAGCAGUGGAGCUCGUGGGACAAAUCCACAAUGCAAACUCUGUGGAACAGCUCCCUAUAUCAUGGGUAGGCAGACUAAGGCCCGGGGGCCGGGUCUGGACCAAUCACCUUCUAAAUUCGGCCUGCGGACAGUCUGGGAAUCAGCGUGUUUCACAUGAGUAGAAUGUGUCCUUUUAUUUAAAAUGCAACUGGGUUAUUUGUGGCGCCUGCCUGGUGUUUUUACAUGAGUAGAAUGUGUGCUUUUAUUUAAAAUGCAUCUCUGGGUUAUUUGUGGGGCAUAGGAAUUCUUUCAUUCCCCCCCCCCCCAAAAAAUAGUCUGGCCCCCCACAAGAUCUGAGGGACAGUGAACUGGCCCCCUGCUGAAACAUUUGCUGAUCAUAGAUGCUGGGUGUACAGAGGCUGCAGAUGGAAUCCCACCUGAGUAAAAUGUGUUUUGCAUAAAGUUCAAAUUCAGGGUAUAACCCCUCACUACGUAAGGUGAAGUGGGGGGAUCCUCACUCCAAAUACGGCUCAAUCAAUCAGGAGGAAUGCUGCAUGAACCAAUAGCCUGGCAUCUGCAUGGACCAACCAGACCUGGUCUGUUUUUGAAAUGCGCCAAGUGCAUUUUGCACCUUACUAUUGGCCACUUGAGACCAUAUGAAGAUGCCUGGAUGCCAGGGUGGCGCCUGAUGUCUCCACCACCUGGAGGUUCAUGCCUGGGGAUCUUUGGAUCUUGAUUGUUUUCACACACUAAUACUACAUCCAGUAGAGUUCUGUCAGUUAUAUUUUAUCUGCACAAUCAGAAUGAAUUUCAGGAACCAAAAUGCUUUUUCUCUGCAGCCGGAGCAGGUGUAGUGAACAAUGUUAGAAUUAAUUGUUGUAGCUUGUCUUCGCUUAUCCCACCCCAGACGUAUACUAAUACAUCUGUUAAUCACAGUCAAUCCAUCAUUUUUAAAAAAUAAGACUUUAGAGCCGUCUUACUCCCAAAUGGCAACUAGACAUUUCAUUUUGGUGACUGCAACCUUGGUCUAAGGAGCCAUUUGGUGCCUAACAUAUAUUUGAGUUUCUAACACUGCUUCUGGCCCAGCCUUUGCAUACCCCUAAAUAUUUUGUGGAUCUAAGUUUGGCCUCAUUAUCAGCCUUUGUGACGAAUCCAUGUGCACACCCUUUACGUAUCCCUUUACGCCUUCCAUCUACCCUGUCCCAGUGUGUCAUACACCCUGAUAACAGCAGAUUGGGUGAAGUCAAAGCCAUUAUUGAACCUGCCCAAGAUGGAGUAAAUCCCAAAAAGGUGUGCAUGAGGUUGUCAGUGUAUCACCCCAGCAGGGCUCCUGAGCCUCAGGUUGGAGUGCCUGGCUUAGAAAAAUACAGCAGUGGAUUCCUCCCCCCCCCCCCCUACUGUGUGUCUGCCCUUGACAAAAAAAAAAAAAAAGGUGGACUGCUGUUCUUGUCCACAGCAUAAUGUUGUACAGGCACCUCCCCACUCACACGUGACCAUGUAUACACAUGUUGCUGGUCAGUGCUUCCCCCCCCCCCCAAAAUGUUUAGGGGUACUCUCAUUUUCUUACUCAUGUUGAAAUACUGCCCCUCAAUUAGGCCAAACUUAGAUUCACAAAAUGUUUAGGGGUAUGCAUAACCCUGUGUCUCUCCAGCACUGGUGCCGGUAUAUAAUUAGAUAGAAUCCUACCAGGAAAUGGCAGGAGAUAGCUGGAGAGUCCUUGUGGUUUGGACAUCCAUGAGGAUGUCUGUGAGGGUGGAGGAAGCCCCGAAGGGAUCUAAGGUGUGAUGGGGCUUUGUUUAGACUAUGCUUACAGCUGGUGUGUGGGGUAGCGCAGGCUACAGCCGCUUUCCUGCUCAUUCUCCAGCCUCCAACUGGCCCCAGAGCUUAAACCCUAGAUAUUUUGGUCUGGAUUGGAGAAAGAGUGGGAGAGAAAGCUGGAGAGCAGGAAAAAGUUGGCAUUAGAGGAUGCUCCUCACAUUACGUGAUUUCACUUAUAUGUAGCGGGGCCUGGAACAUAACCUCCACCUAAGUGGUGGGGAUACCUGCAUAAAGCCAUCAAGUUUGCUAUGUAAAAAAUAGGCUUUUCUCCAACACACUCUUCCUUUCCAAGGUGCCUUCAUGGCAUUUCAUAACUGAAGCCUUCCUGUGCUGCUUCUGCUAUUUGGAUGGGUAGAAAUCCAGUAUUUCAGAUGGAUAUCCCCAAUUAAUGUGUACUGUAUUCUGCAGUUAGGUCACAAGAUAACACUUGAUAAUACUCUUUUUAAAAUAUAAUGACAAUUUUAGUGGAUGCCUGGAAGUGCUUUGAGAAUUUCCAUAGACCUGUCUUUACAGGUGGCAUAUGGUCUUUGUUAAGUUUCAUGUAAGAUAAGUAGUCCAGUGGGCAGGAAAUUAACAUAGGCCAUUUUUUGCCUGAGUACAAAUACCACAUCUGUUUUUCUUCCUUUACAUCUUUCAGGAAUGUGAAGCAGUAAAUAGAAUGGAUCCAGUAUCAGGUGCCAGAUCAAUUGAUGUUUGUGUGGAGGGAAUGACAUGCAAUUCUUGUGUACAGACUAUCGAGCAGCAUAUUGGAAAACUAAAUGGGGUUCACCAUAUUAAAGUAAGUAUUUUUUUCCACAUUGUUACCUGAUCAAAGGGUAUAUGAGGUGUGGUAGGCCUUGUUCGGCUAAGCAGUUCACAGGAUAUAAUUCAUCUAAAGUUUUUUUGAAGAGCACCAUCUGGGUUCUUGCUAAGAGAUCAAGUUGUGCACUAAGGGAUUAAGUUGUGCACUUUGGAAAUACUGUUCUUAUUGACGGGGGAAAUAGUAUACGUUUACUGCUGUUUUGGAGAGCAUGUAUUUUGGUUAUCUUACAUAUAAUUGCAGGUAAAUCAAUCAUUUCUACCUUAGGCAAACGCAGAGCAGAGAAGCUAUGUUAGUUAAAUAGAUUACGCUUGUGUAAUUAGAUCAUAAGAGUGGCUUCCUGGUUGUGCUUUGCCUAAGGAAAAUAAUAAAAUUUGGAAUUAAUGUAAUUGGCUUUUUAGUGGCAUCAGUUUGCCCUUUGGAAAAUUGAAAUAGUCAGAAAAGAACUCAGCUUGUUGAAAGCAAAUCCAAUUUUGAGACAGUUGCCCUGUCUGAUGUGAAAAGCUAGUGAUGUCAGCAAGGUUGUGUAUGAAGUACAAAUUAUUUUCUUCUGCUACUAAUUCAUCAGUUCCUUAUUCUCUAUCCUAGUUAGUGAAUUCCUGACUUUUCUAUCCCUAUUGAAAAAGAUCAGGAUCAGUUUUAAAACAGUUUUAACAGCUACAGUUCUCAAAAUGAAAUAUAUGCUCUCUUUUUCAAAGAUCUCUUUGUCACUCACAUCAUUUGGCUGUUUUUGCUGGAACAGGUUUUGAUUAGCUGGUCAGGCACCAGAAGUUCAGUUCUAUGGGGCUCGGAGAAGGAAGAGAAAUUCAGAGUAAAUGUUGUAGUUCUUGCUGAAACCAUCACACUAAUCAGUGAACUAGAACAAGGUGGGUGGGUGGGAACGGUAACUCUGAAGACAGAUGGAGAUGUUCAAAGUGACAUGGGUCACUCCUCCAAGUAUGAGCCACCCAGGAUAUGACUGGACUCCUGCUGGACGACAGUAGGGAGCAUGAAUCUGGACAAGUGGGAAGUAACUUGACAAACACAUCAAGAUAUUAAAGGGUCUGGAAACUAAGCAUUAUAAGGAAUGGUUGAGGGAACUAGGUUUGUUUAGCUUAGAAAAGAGGAGACUGAGAGAAGACAUGGUAGCCAUCUCCAGACUUCUCAAUGGGUGUCACAUGGAAGAUGGAGCAAACUUGUAUUCUCCUGCUCUGGAGGCUAGCACACGAACCAAGGGAUUCAAGUUACAAGAAAGGAUUUAUAAGAGCUGUUUGACAGUGGAACAUACUCCCUUGGGAGGUGGUGGACACUCUUUCCUUGGAGAUUUUAAAGCUGAGGUUCAGCUAUCUGUCAGUGAUGAUAUUCUUGCAUUGCAGGGGGUUGGACUACUAGGUGAUUCUCAGGAUCCCUUUGAACUCUACAGUUCAGUUAUUCUAAGUCUAUACCAGCUCUUUUCUUUCUCUCUUUAACCUUUUAACCUGUAGAGUUUCAUUUCAAGCCUGGUCAGUGCAAGGGACACUGCAACAUGGGAUUAGUAUAAUCUUCGCUGUAUGUAGAGUGUUAUGUAUGCUUAGGGCACUUUGGAAAGUGCUGUGUGAGAAAUUUAUACUGUAUUAUGUGAGUGAUACUCAGAAAGAAUCUGGCCACUUUUAUUGUGACUCAUCUUGUAGCCAGUCAUCUUGUCUUACAGAUAAAUCCAAUUUAAUUUGUGGUUUAAUAGGUACAGUCUUACACUUCCUUCUCAGAUGAGUGGAAUCACGUGCAGGGUGUCACUAUAAUAGGACAAAGCUGCCUGAUAUGUUAAUGCCACCUUGAGAUUUUAAUCUUUGUUUGGCAAAGUUGUCUAACAUGUUUUUUCUUUUUUUCUUUUUCUGCUUUCCCUUCAAGGUUUCACUGGAAAAUAAGAAUGCAGCCAUUAUUUAUAACCCCAAAAAGCAAACUCCAGAGUCACUACAAGAAGCUAUAGAUGACAUGGGAUUUGAUGCUACACUUACUAAUGCAAACUCUAAACCUGUUUUAGCAGACACCAUUUUUCUUACAAUACCAGCUCAAUCAGCAUUAACAUGUGAAGAAAUCCGUACCAACCUCCUGCAAACCAAGGGCAUCUUGGAUGUGAAAAGCUCUUCUGACAGAAAGUCUGUAGUUGUAACAUUUGUCUCCUCUAUUAUAAAUGGCAAGCAGAUCAACCAAAUAGUGCCAGAAUUCAGUUCAGAGAAUGUAGUGCAUGAAAUAAAUCCUGGAAUGUCUGAAGAUUCAAAUUUAUUCCAAACAAGCGACGUUGCAUUAAGGAUGAAAGUAGAGGGGAUGACCUGCCAUUCUUGCACUAGCACUAUUGAAGGAAAGAUUGGCAAACUGCAAGGUGUCACUCGAAUUAAAGGUAAUUAAAACAGAUUAGAGUUUGGUUUUUCCUGGCCUUAUAUGUUGCUUGAUCAUUUCCCAUGAGUUUUCCAGUAUUGCAACCCUUUAUUUGGUAUACCCAACUAGGUAGCUGAGUGGACUCUUUCUUUUACCCUAUUCUGUGUAGAGUUUGCAGCCAAAUCACAAAUGCAUGCUUUGCUGGACAAGCACAGGCUAGUACACAGAGAGUUCAUAGAGAGGACCCUUUAUGUGUCCACUUCCCCUGCCUCCUCUGGGCAGGUAUUCUGUAACAAAGGAGAUAUUCCUUUAUACUUUAUUCUGCCUCUGAGGAGACUCUUUCCACCAUGCCUCCAAACUGAUCAGACAUGUGUCUGGGGGCUUACAGACACACACUACCUAUUUUGAAGCCAGCUUCUUUAUUUUGUACCCAAGAAGUUUUCUUUCUGUAUUAAGAUUUUUACUAAAGUUAUUAUAAUGCAAUAAAAUAUAGAAAACUAAUGUAAAUUUAAAAAGAGACAAAAACAGCUGGAAAAGAAAUAGGGAAAAAAGAAAAACAAAGAAGCAGAAAGAAGGAAGGAAAGAGAAGGAAAGGAAAAGGAAAGGAAAUUUUAAAAAGGAGAGAAAGAGAAAAGAAGCAAUAAAGAGAGAUAAAAGGUUCUCUGAUUUUCCAUCUGCCAGUUUCAUUUCAAAAAGUUAUUUAAUACGUUCAUGGGAAUAUCCAUCUUCUCCACUUUCUGUUAAUAUUUCUCUUAAGUCCAACUCUCUCAAAAUCAUUCAUUUCCUUUUCCCUUGAAAAGUCCAAUAAGGGUUCCUAAUUAUUUUUAUUAGUAAUAAAUUUCAGCUGUGCUUCUUCUUUAAAGUCUUUCCACUGUGACCACAUGUUAAAAUAAUAUUCCAUAAUUCUUUUCUUGUUACAUAUCUUUUAAUUCCCUCCCAGUUCUGUAUAUUCAAUUUCCAUUUUCUGUUGUGGUGCAAUUGUGUGCUGUAGAAUGAGUGGUGUUAAUAGCAAAAGAAGACAAAGCUAUGUUAGUAGACAGAGGCUCAUUUGAGGGUGGCAGAACUCCUUCCCCAAUUGCAUGACACAGUUUAUCACAUUCCCAUAGGGACAGUGCUCCUCUCCCUUUGAAAGCUAAACUCCACCAUUGCAGGCAUGUGACCCGUCUGUGUUGCACACUGUGUUAUGCACUGGUAUAUCUGUGAUUUUGCAGCCUUUCCCCACCUGGCUUGCCAGUGGCAGCAGACCUUUCAGAGGUGGGCAAGAGGUUGGAUUAUCCUGCUAACAUGGAGGGGGAAACCAGAAUUUUAGGUGAAACACCAUUAGGGAAACAUACUAACAAUUCACCAUUUAUCUUCUAGUCUCCCUGGACAAUCAGGAAGCUGUGGUGGUUUAUCAGCCUCAUCUCAUCACAUCGGAGGAAAUAAAAAACCAAAUAGAAGCUGCCGGUUUCAUGGCAUCGAUAAAGAAGCAGCCUAAGCCCCUCAAACUUGGUGCUAUUGAUAUAGAGCGACUGAAGAACACACAAACCAAAUGCUCAGAAAAAGCUCCGCAAGAAUCUCCAGAGUACACACAAUGUUUGAAGACCAUAACAUUCCGAGUUGAUGGCAUGCACUGCAAUUCAUGUGUCUUCAAUAUUCAAAGCAGCAUAUCAGCACUCCCUGCAGUAACUAGUAUAGCGGUUUCUUUAGAGGAAAAGUCUGCCAUUGUAAAGUACAAUCCCAGCCUAAUCAGCAUAAGUGCACUGAGAAGAGCCAUAGAAGCAGUAUCCCCAGAGACUUUUAAGGUCAGCCUUUUUGACGGACAUGAAAAUGCUGCACUUCUGAACACACCUAAAUCUCCACUGAAAUCUCCAAGAGCUGUCAACAGCAUCAUGCACCAUCCCUUGACAUGCAUCACCGUGAUAAAUAUAGAAGGAAUGACCUGCAAUUCUUGUGUACAGUCAAUUGAGAGAGUAAUUUCCCAGAAGCCAGGCGUGAAGGCAAUACAUGUGUCUCUUCUGAACCAUAAUGGGACUAUAGAAUAUGACCCCAUGCAGACCUCUCCAGAUGACUUAAGGAAUGGCAUUGAGGAUAUGGGUUUUGAUGCAUCCUUAACAGGUGAUAGCUCUUUAAAUUAUGCUUAUAGCGCAAAUCCAACUGCUAUUUUGAAAGGUAGCUUUCUCUGGAGGGGGUUGUGCAAAUCCAUAUGGUAAUUAUAAUCUCUUAAUACUGAUUCUGAAAUGGCCUAACCAGGAGUCACUCACCCUAGUUUUUUGGGGGUGGGGACACAGGAAAGGAAAUAUUGGGUGUCAUUAAAGGCAGCUGAUUUGGACAUGGGCAGGUCUGCCCCACUGUGUACAUUCCAACAAUAUGUUGUUCUGCAUAGCCCCACUGAAAUUAAUAGGUCUAUGAGAUUGCACAUGGUAUGGUGUAUCUGAUUGAACGUUGCUGAUGUCUUCAAAGAUCUGGGAAGAUGCCCCUCCUUCAGCUCUACGUGCUUGCUUUCUACAUGUAUGCUCUACAAGCAUGUGCUUUAAACAAUUGUUUCAUGUUCUUAUUAUCUUAGAAUAUUUGUAGUGUUUCAACAUAAAGGCUAGCAGCCACUCACAACACUACAGAUACUCUGAGAUAAUAAGCAGGAACACAAAACAAUUGUUUGAAGCACAUGUUUCUAGAGCAUACAUAUAGAAAGCAAGCAUGCCCCCUAAAGAGAAGAGAUGCCUUAUGGCUUCUGUUUAACUGGAAAGGAUAUCCUAAAGGUAAUUUUCCAGUUAGGAAGCAUGGGAUUUGCUAUUUUCUCUGCUUCUCAAAUUCAAAGGUAUCUUCUGGGCUCAGCUAGAAAUAAGGUAGACUGAGAGAGCUGGUAUUUUUAGCUCCUUCAGAUGUGAAAUGAAUGCAUCCAGUGUCCUUGGGACUAACAUAGUUGCAGCAGUUGUUCAAACACAUUAAAAUUAUUCUUUUCUGUUCCCAGGUCCCACAAGUACAGAACCUUUGGUGCUAAUAACUCAGCCCUCACAAGAAAGGCUGGCAGAAUCUCAGGAUAAUAAACACUUCAAAAUGGAAGCUCACUCCAACCUCUCCCCCGUCCACAAUAAGCAGGAUGCAAGUGCGCCUUCCAAGUGCUACAUUCAAGUCACUGGCAUGACAUGUGCUUCCUGUGUGGCAAACAUUGAAAGGAAUCUGAAGAGAGAAGAUGGUGAGAUAUACAUUAGUAAAAUGGAUUUAAGUUCCCUGACACCAUUUUAGUGAUGCUUAACCUGACCAUUUAAAGCUCAGGUGACGCAAAUAUGUAGGCCCUUCAGGGAUUCUGAUUAUACAGUUUAAAUUCUAAGGCUUGCAUCUUUAGCAGGGAUGAAGAAAUGGAGUGAUAUGUUGUGGGAGUGAAUGCCAUCCUUUGGCAGGAGAAGAGCUAAUAGCAUUUGCCAUUCAUUACCAUAAGACGUAACAAUCUUCUAGUCUUCUCUGUGUCUCUUGUGGCAAAAAAUAGAAGGUGGAAUCCAUAAUGUUUCACUGCCAGCGAUCAGUUUUUGUUCCCUCUCUAAACUCUUAAAGGCUAGUGGCCAAGAAAUAGGAUAGUGCAUUUUAGUGGCUGCCUUUCAAAAAAGAUCUGAAAGAGGAUCCAAAGGCACUGCUGUCGCAGCAGCACAAUGACUGUAUCUUUCCCCUUCAUUGCAGGGGUUUAUUAUUAUUAUAUAUUCAAUUUAUAUGCCACUCUUUAUCUGAAGAUCCCUUGGCGGUAUACAACAUUAAAAACAUAAUUUACAGAGCAUAAUAAUAAAAAACAGUAAAACAAUCACAGAAAGAAUCUUAAUAACAGUUCCCCCUCCCCCACUUUUAAAAGGUCGUAGAUUGUUUAAUGGCCAAAGAAGAAUGUUUUUGCCUGGUGCCUAAAGACGUGUAAUACAUUAGAAAUUAGGAAGAGGAUAUGGACUGGCAGGGUGCUAGGGUGGUUGUUUGAGGACACUGUGGUUCCCAUAGGUGCUGCAUUGGGAACUUCCACACUAAACAAUAUUGUAUACUUUAUUUGUAAUGGGCAUAAAAACCAUAUUCACCUUUUUUUCUAACUUUAAUCUACAUUGAAUAUAUGAAGUGAAGUGGAAUGUGGAGAAGUAGUUAUUUAUCCUUUCUAGUAUUUAUAGCUUGUCUACCUGUUCAAAAAAUCAAGGUGGCUAUCAAAGCCUUUACCUUGACUCAAAUUAGAGCCAGACCACAUUCUGUGAAUAAGUUGGCUCCUUUAGCUGUUGCAUGUAAUACCUAUUAUGUUCCAGUAUUGCUGUUAUGGCCUAAUCUGUAUAGAGGUAUAUGGCACAACUCAGCCUUCCCUAAUGGGUACUCCCCAUAUGUUUUGAAUUACAACUCCCAUGAAUCCCCAGUCAUCAAUGGAGUGGUGGUCCAUAACAUCUGAAGACUAUCUGAUUGCGGAAGGCUGAGCAAGAGCAUCCCGCUGUAUAUUACACUCCUAAUUUCUUUAUGUAAUGUUCCUUUGUGUGGCCUUGUGUCUCUAGGAAUACACUCUGUUCUUGUUGCUCUAAUGGCUGGGAAGGCAGAAGUGAGGUAUAAUCCUUCCAUCAUCCAGCCAUCAGCUGUAGCGGAAUUGAUUAGGGACCUGGGCUUUGGAGCUACAGUUCUGGAGAACUAUGAUGAAGGAGAUGGCACCCUGGAACUUGUCGUAAGCAAAUAAUUUAAUAAUCAAUGCCACUUAACACUCAGCCAUUUUACCUAGUUAGCUUUUCAUACAAACAGAGUUAAUUAAAGAAAAUUCCUCUACAGAUUGUGUGUAAGUAACUGUGAUUCCAAAAGCAUUUAGAGUAAUUUAUCUCCCCCACCUCCUCUUCCUUUGCAUGUGUGAGAGAGUGUAUGUCAGAGAGAUUACUACUUGGCAAGCUCCAGCCAUUAGCUAGAGACACUUGGUGUCUGUAUGGAACAAUUUUUGUCAGGACUAUAGCAGAGGUGGAGUGAAGCUAAUUCUUAAAAUUUAAACUCAGCCUCCAUGCCAGCUUGUGUUAGGGCAACAAACAUUUACCGUAUUUUUCGCCCUAUAGGAUGCACUUUCCCCCUCCAAAAAUGAAGGGGAAAUGUGUGUGCGUCCUAUGGGGCGAAUGCAGGCUUUCGCUGAAGCUUGGAGAGCGAGAGGGGUCGGUGCGCACCGACCCCUCUCGCUCUACAGGCUUCAGGAAGCUAUCAGCAAGCCUGGGGACCCCGCGGGAGUUCCCGCAGGGCUCCCUAGGCUGCGGAUAGCAGCCUGCUGCACGGAGCGCGGGGAGCGCUGAAGCAGAGCGCCCCGCACUUCGGGCAGACAUCGGGCAGCCCCACAAGCUCGGGGGACAGCGGGGAGGCGGAGCGCCGCCAUCCCGCUGUUCCCUGACCUGGUUUGGAUUCCCCGACCUCGUUUUGGGGGGGAAAUGAAGGGAAAAAAAUUUUCCUUUAUUUUCCCCCCAAAAAACUAGGUGCGUCCUAUGGGACGAAAAAUACGGUAAUCAAGUUUUCAGUAUAAAAAAGGGGGGGCGGAAUUAAGAGAGGGGAAGUCUGAUCUCAUGCCCAUUUGUGCCACAUUUCUAGGCACAAGUCCAUCCUUUAAAGCUCUGUGUCAGAGUGUUGUUGUUGUUGUUGGCACUUUCUCCAUGAAAACCCUCUCCAGACUGCAGAAUCGGAGCAAAAGACAUCCCACAGAAAACCCAAGUUGCCAUUUGUUCUAAGUCAGUGCUAAGGAGCAGGUUUUCCUAGGGAAAGUGGUGGUGGGGGGAAUGGUCUUGGACAUGAAGCUUUAAAGUGCAGAUAUGUGCCUUGAAAGCGUGGGGGUAGAGGUAAGUGUGAAUGAGCCCUUUGCCUUGGCAGCUCAAGUUUAUAUUUUAUUUUGGUGUGUCUGAUUCAUAAUACAAUUGAGCAACAGUAUUCUCUGCUGGCCAGCUAGGUUUACGUUUAUACUUUAUUUAUUUAUUUCACAACAUUUAUACACUGCUUGAUUGUAAAAAAACCUUGAAGUGGUUUAUAAAAGAUAAAAAGUAAAAUAAAAAAAAUAUUUACAACUUUAAGGUGCAUCGGUUUAUAAAAAAGUAUUGUGCCUUCCUUCUGAAAUACUUGGUGUACUAUGUAAAUUAAAAUAACACUGUGAAACAGUUGUGCUACACAAUCAAUAAAAUAAAGUUAGUGCAAUUUUGGGUCAUUGACUGGGAACAGUGCCAUCUUCCGAUUGGAAUUACUUAUCAACUUACUUAUUUAUGAUGCAUGCAAAAUUAUCUCUGGAGAGAAUAUUCUGCAAACAAUAAACUUUUGUUUUAACAGGUGAGGGGAAUGACAUGUGCCUCAUGUGUUCAUAAAAUAGAAUCCACGCUUAUGAAAACAAAAGGGAUUCUGUACAGCUCUGUAGCACUUGCAACAAAUAAAGCACAUAUUAAGUAUGAUCCUGAGAUAGUUGGCCCAAGAGAUAUUAUACGGAUUAUAGAGGUAAGUAGUCUUGUGAAUGUAGCAAUUUGAUGGCUCAUUUUUCACAUAUAAUACUACCGUGUUAGUGGAACAUAUUUUGCAGCUGAAGAUUGUUGGGCCCAUUGUGGAUAGUAAAGAUACCAGUAUAAAGAUAAUUGUAAUCUUGGAGACUUUGUCUCUGCCCCUGUCUUGCUCCCCCAACUCUUAACUUUUUCAGUUACCUUUCUUUCUUCAUGCUUCCAUCUUUAUUUCCUCAUGUUUGUCUGCUUUGAUCAUGGACAGGGAACAUUUUUGGUUCCACAGGCCACAUUCUUCCACAGGCCUCAUGGGCCAAUCUGACAGUUGGGGGCCUCAUUUUCUGGUCAAUCGCAGGAUGUCAUAUAAUGACACUGUGAUUGACUGUUGGGUUGUCGUGCCCACCUAUGAGCAUCCCUUGCAGGGUUCUGGAGCACCAGCAGCUGCUCAAGGACACACAAGAGAGAAGCCUGCAUUUUAAAAUAUUCCCCCUCUUGCUGCUGCUGUGUGAAGCCAGAGAAGGAGAUAACUUUAAAAUGCAGACUUCUUUCCAUUGCUUCCCACACGGGGCAGUGGGACAGGUGAAUGGGAGUGAGAGAAAAUUACCUCAGCCUGUUUGUGAGCCUCCCCACUGGUCUCCAAUCCUGACGUUGCAAGUUGAAAGGAAAAACAUGGGAAGAUUUGCAAACCACCCCGUCUGGCUCCUUUUCUCCUAGGAUGUCAGAGGUGGAAAUUAGCUGUGCAGGGAGGCUUAGAGAGAGAAGUAGUUUCCAGUGACUGGAACUACUACUCCCUCCUUCAGCUGAUGGGCCAUUGGGAGCAUGCCUCGCUCAAGCAAAGGAACAUGUGAGAGCCCACUUUAAGAUCCUGAUGGUUCUUUUGAAGCUCUGCUCUUACCUGCCUCACAACUGAUGUCAUAUAUGAUGUCUGGUAUGGGGGAGGUGUGUAUGGCCUCUCCAAACAGGCUUGCAGGCCAAAGGGAGAUGACUGGCAGGCCAAGUUUGGCCUGCAGACCAGAGGAUCCCCAUCUCUGGUUUAGAUUGGCCAAAACCUUCCUGUAGGUAGGUGUACAUUGUUUUAUGUUGCAUAUUGUACAGCACCAUGUUUUUAAGGUGUUUAUUAUUAGCAGUAUAUGCACAGGUGAUAUGCAGAUAUCCAGACAACUGCAUGGUAUCCUCAAGAAGCAUGAUGUGUUUGAGUCAAAUGUUUGCAUCAUUUACUGAAAUACAGUUAAAACUCCUCUAACAUUUUGAAACAGCUUUGUGGGAGGGAUCUGCUCUCUUGCACUCUGAAUGUGUUUUUCCCUAGCUUUCAAAACUGACUGCAACAUUUGUACACUACAAUAAAUCUAACCCCCCCCCCCUUUUUUUUUUAGAAUUUAGGAUUUAAUGCUGUGCUGGUGAAGAAAGAUAGAUCUGCUAGUCACUUAGAUCACAAACAGGAGAUAAGGCAGUGAGUAUUCUUUUAUUCGUACUCCAAUCCCAUUCAAGAUGUUUGAUUCCUUCUGUGAGAAUCCAGAAUGCAGUUCUGUUAUAAAGCAGGGCUGGGGAACCUUUUGCUUCCAAAGAGCUCUAUUUCCUCAGAAGCAUUUCAAUGGGCUGCAUGUUCCUAUCAGUCCAUGAUUCAUGAAUAUUCUCUUUCAUUCACUUUGGAUGUGUACACACUGUACCUUUAAAGCACAUUUCCCCCCUAAAUGAAUUCAGGGCCCUGUAUUUAGUUAAAGGAAUUGUAAUUCUGUGAGGAUUAAACUACAACGCCCAAAAUUCUUUGAACGGUGGAAAUGCACUUCGCAUGUUCUUUAAAGCCAAUAGAGUACACACAGCCUAAUUGCAAUUUGCAUUGAGCAAAAAAAAUUCCCUUUGGUUCUUCUUUUCCCAGUAGACUGCCAGCAUGAGGGCCAGUCUGAAUCAGGAUCCUGGGCUAGAGGUCUUUAAACCAUAGCCUCCUGCUGCACCUGCAACUUACAUUGAUGGGCUGGGGGAGACCUUCCAUUAAAGUGAAUCAUACACCCUACUAAAUGCUUCCUGUCAUGCUCAAGGUGCUAGAUGCAUGAAUUUUUCUCCAUAGUCAAACACUUUCCUUUCAAUGUUGUUAUGAUUUCUUCACUAUUAUCUUGUUCUCUUAUUUAUUAAGAUGGAAACGAUCCUUCCUUGUAAGCCUAAUUUUCUGCAUUCCUGUAAUGGGACUGAUGAUUUACAUGAUGGUUAUAGACAGCCAGAUGUCAUCCAUGCACAAGGUUGCGAACAUGACCAAAGAAGAAAUGGAAGCAUAUCAUUCAUCAAUGUUCUUAGAGCGCCAAAUCCUUCCCGGCUUGUCUGUUAUGAAUUUGCUCUCCUUUCUGUUGUGUGUCCCUGUGCAGGCAAGUAGGAAUAAAUCAAAUGCUAGUGUAAUAGUAUUUAAAUUUCAUGCCAAGAUUCCUUUGAAUGAACCAUAUGGAAUAAAGCAGGUGGACAAACUUGCUGCCAACCCUUGGACUAAUUUCUUGAGCGUGCUUGGGGGUGGGGAAUGGCACAGAGAUAAGGGAAGAAAAGGGGAUGCCCUGCCCAUUUUAGAUCCAGCCCCCAGCGUAUUAUCCCUUGGGGAAUGCUGUUCCCACAAGAUGCAGUGAUGGCCACUGAGCUGCCGUAUUUUUCACUCUAUAAGAUGCACCUGACCAUAAGACGCACCUAGAUUUUAGAGGAGGAAAACAAGAAAAAAAAUAUUCUGAAUCAAAUAUUGUACUAAACUAUUUAAUAAACUUAGGGGCGAUGGGCGUUGUAGUUGAACAACAUCUGGGGACCCACAGGUUGACAAAGGCUGAAUUAUGGUAUGUGAGUUGGGGCCUACCUGGCCUCUCUCCCCCCCCCCCAUAUUUUAUUCAAGUUGGAAGAGGGAGGGAGGGAAGGAAGGAAGGAAGGAAGAGAGAGGGAGAGCUUCAUAUUUGUGUGUGCCUGUAGCGGGCAGCUGCCUUGCCUCGCCUCCGAGGUGACGCCGGAACCGGAGCAAAAAGAGGAGGAGGAGACACCGGGACAGGAGCCGUGUAAGCGGCUCUCCCAUCAGCUGAGAGGAGGGGCGGAAGGGGCUGCCGUCUGUCCCUCCUCCUGCCUUGCUUUUCUUCCUUUUUAGGAGGAAAAAAGUGUGUCUUAUGGAGUGAAAAAUACGGUAGGUGCUUUUAGAAGAGGGUUAGAGAAAUUCAUGGGUGAGAGGGCUAUUGAUGGUUACUAACCAGAAAGGCUUUGCUCUUCCUUCCACAUUUGGAGGCAGCAGUUCUUCCAGCAGUUGCUGGAAGCCACAUGAGGGAAGAGGGCCAUUUUGCUCAGUUUCUGCUUGCUGGUUUCCCUCAAGCAUCUGGCAGGUCAAUGUGAGAAUAGGAUGCUGGACUAGAUAGACCAUUGGCCUGACCCAGCAGGAUCUUCUUGCGUUCUUAUUAGCUGAAAGCACAUUAGGCCCUGUAGGCUAAGUUACUUUUACUGUAUUGCCACCCCUCUAGACAAAAAUCUGAAAUAUUAAUGCUUGUUCCUUUUAAGUUUUAUUAUGAUGGAACAAAAUGCAAGAAUAAGCUCCACACUUCAACUAUGCCUCUCUAUUAAAGCUGAGCAUCCAUCAGAUUUUUCUAGGCAGUCUGCUGCCUGUUUGCUUAGCCACCCUACCAGGGAGAAUUAUCUGAACCCAGGAGGAGAAUGACAGUUCACAGAUCUUAUAUAGUUAUCAAUAGUGUGUUUAUGUGCAAAAUGUAAUUGUGAAUUUUGCUGUGCUUGCAGUUAUUUGGUGGCUGGUAUUUCUACAUCCAAGCUUACAAAGCACUGAAGCAUAAGACUGCCAAUAUGGAUGUGCUGAUCGUUUUGGCAACCACCAUAGCAUUUGCCUACUCCUUUGUUAUUCUUUUGGUUGCAAUGGUUGAGAGGGCAAAAGUCAACCCUGUGACUUUCUUUGACACACCACCCAUGCUCUUUGUAUUCAUUGCAUUGGGGCGAUGGCUGGAGCAUGUGGCCAAGGUAAAUAUAAAAAUAUAAAUGCUCAUAUAUUUAGAGGGGCAUUUAUUAAAGCACUCUCAGACUUGGCGCUGCUAGUUUUGUAAGAUUAUCUUAAAAGUUUAGUGCUCAGUUAUUUCUCAGUUACAUGAUGCCUGUUGGAAUCCAAGAGAGAGUACAGGUAUUCCAUUCUGUAUGUGGCAGAAUUGUGUUAAAUAUACAUUCACUGUUUUCAAGACAAAUACUUCGGAAUGCAUGCUUCCCCCACACUUAAGUCCAUCUUCAUCCCAAGGAGAAUAACAGAAGACUGUUUUACUUACUUAGAACUUAUUUAUUUGCUAGAAGCAUGGCUUGUGCUGCAUAUGACUUUGUUGCUUGCAAUAAUCUUUUAGGUGGUACUUUGAAUUUAACAUAUGUGGCUCUAUGCUUUUAUAGGGUAAAACAUCAGAAGCCCUUGCAAAACUGAUUUCACUACAAGCAACUGAAGCAACUAUUGUUACUUUAGGCCCAGACAACAUCCUCUUGAGGUAUUGUGCUUUACUGUAGUUUUUAAAUAAUUUUUUUGAAAGGCAAGCUGAAUACAUUUCAGUAUGUUGUGCUCAUUGAUUUCCACCCCUGUGCUCUUUAUUUUUGUAUGGCCCCAUCAAUAUAUAUGGCAUUUUGUAGAGAAAUAGAAGCAGAAGAUAUUCUUUCACCCUAAAUAACUUGCAGUCUAAAUUGCUGGUAUUUGGGGGAGAGAAAGAUGUGGCAUGAUUAUGCACAGAUUCAGCUGCACAUGCUGAGGCUUUAUUUCAGUUGUGGAUAAAUAAGGACUAAGGAAUUUUGUGUGUCCUCUUAGUGAAGAGCAAGUUGAUGUUGAGCUGGUUCAGCGGGGUGACAUUGUCAAAGUGAUUCCAGGAGGCAAGUUUCCAGUGGACGGCCGUGUUAUUGAGGGACAUUCUAUGGUGGACGAAUCACUCAUCACAGGCAAGCUGUGUUAUAUUUAUUUCAACGGGUGCUUGAAACUAACUAAUGGUGUGGGUAGGAAGGAAAAGAGACAAAAUGAAAAUUAAGACUAGGGGAUGAGAGGGGGAAAUGCAAAGAAUUGUGUCUCUUAAUGUUUUGCUGGCAAAUCAAUUUAUGCAGGUGAAGCUAUGCCUGUGACUAAAAAACCCGGCAGUACAGUCAUUGCAGGCUCUAUUAACCAGAAUGGAUCAUUGCUGAUCUCUGCAACCCACGUUGGAUGUGACACUACUCUCUCCCAGAUCGUCAAACUUGUGGAAGAAGCACAGACAUCCAAGGUACUUUCAAUAAGCAAUAGUAGAAAGGAAGUAAAGUUUUUCAGCCUGUUUCUUCAGCUUUGAUUCAGUACAACAAAUUUAUGAAUCAAAUUUGACAUCAUUACAUGCUUACUUAUUGGUCUUCAGCAGAGAGGCAACUUAAAAUUCCCAUACUUAUAGGUCUCACAUUCUCUGAUCAUGGCAGUUGGUAAGCAGACUGUAAAGCAAAUCAUUUUGUGUAAUUUGGAAGCUAUUCAAGCAAAGCAUUGCAAAAAAGAUGUAUUGUUAGGACUGCAGAAAAAGAUACAUGUGCAAAGGUGCUAGUGAUGGGAAGCUUCCUGUUAUUCAGAGUGAAUUUGCUAUUUAGGCAAAUGUGUAGACCAGGGACGGCCAUCUUUCAAAAGACUGCAACCAACUCACACAAUUAAAAACUGGCAGUGAACUACCCCUUUUGGGGGGGUUCAGGUCAAAGUUGUUGAGCUUUUCUUCUUUUUAGGGAGGGAAGCCCCAUUUUGGGGGGGGGGAGAUCACUAAUGAAACAGCAGCAAGUGCUCCUUCUUCCGUUCCAGAAAUCUAGAGGGCAGAGCUGGAUGGAGGAGCCAGCGAUCAACUGCGAUCUACCAAAACCUCCUGGGGAUCAUCCAGUAGAUCGACCUGUUGGACAUCCCUGGUAUAGACAAUCUCUGAGACAACCUCAUGCCUCAGAGAAGAUAGCUAGAAUUUAUUUUCUUUUUCUCUCCCUGUGCUUUAGGCUCCAAUUCAGCAGUUUGCAGACAAACUUAGUGGCUACUUCGUUCCAUUUAUUGUUGGUGUUUCUGUGCUUACACUUUUUGCCUGGAUAGUGAUCGGAUUUGUUGAUUUCGAAAUUGUGGAAACCUAUUUUCUUGUAAGUCUAGUAUUCUUUUUUGGGGAAGAUUUGUUUCACUUCCAGGUUUCAACCCUUUAAUGCUGUUGACACUCCCGACAUUGUCUUUGGAAGUAAUGCAGGGCUGGAAAAUCUUAUUGGCUCAGCAGACCAGAUCCUUAUAAAGAUCUGCCUUGCAGGGCCAUCCACCUGUCAGUCGGGAGAUGUCACAAAUGAUGCCAGGGGAUUCGGUGCUUUGAAGCCAGGACACCAAAGCCCAGCCAAAUUGAGCAUGUUGGGUGAGGUAGAAAGAGUUUCUUGUAGGGAGCUCUCGUGCUCCUGAAUCAAGCUGGAUUGAUCUCCCUUCAUGUUGGCCAAUGGAGAGAGAGGUCACUUCUGCUUAUCGCUGAAGUGCAUGGAGCUGCCUCAAAGAGGAGUCCUGGGAAGCAGGAACACUUCUCUCUCCCAGUGCUGCUUUUGGAAGCAUGUCCAGUGAAAACAAGCAGCCCCCUUUCCCUUCAAGCAUGGAAGUAGGGUGGGAACAUUUGCGGUUAUUCUUGAUGUGCUUAUCAAUUGACCAAUCUGUUUACAUGCAGUUUUUAAUGAGGGCAUGACGGGGAAUUACUAGCCUUAAAAAGGAUAAUGGAUUUAAUUACAUGAUUUAUAUGAGCACCGAGGGGCAAAUGUAGGUUUGCAGAGGCAAUUAUAACUUUUUAGAAUUUUAAACCUUGAAAUUUUAUUUAAUUGUACUUAUAGUCUACCUCUUCUCAAGCACUCCAGUUGGCUCAAUAUACAAUUUCAACAAAUGCUUCUUGUGUAGCUUUUGGAAGUACACCCAGAUUCAUGCUUAGUUAAGUGUCAAGUGAAACACAGAAGCAAAUUCCCAAGUUGAGGUCCAGCCACCGAGAGUGCCCAGCCUUGAAACCUGGAAAUACAGGUGAAACUCGAAAAAUUGGAAUAUCAUGGAAAAGUUCAUUUAUUUCAGUAAUUCAUCUUAAAAGGUGAAACUAAUAUAUGAGAUAGACUCAUGACAUGCAAAGCGAGAUAUGUCAAGCCUUUAUUUGUUAUAAUUGUGAUGGUUAUGGCGUACAGCUGAUGAAAACCCCAAAUUAACAAUCUCAGAAAAUUAGAAUAUUGUGAAAAGGUGCAGUAGCUAUUCAAUCCAUAACACCUGCAAUGGGUUCCUGAGACUUUAAAUGGUCUCUCAGUCUGGUUCAGUAGGAAGCACAAUCAUGGGGAAGGCUGCUGACCUGACAGUUGUGCAGAAAGCCAUCAUUGAGACCCUCCAUAAGGAGGGAAAGCCUCAAAAGGUAAUUGCAGAAAAAGGUGCACAAGCAGCAGAGAUGACCGCAGCCUGGAGAGGAAAAGACCAUUCAAACGUGUUGGGGACUUUCACAAGGAGUGGGAUGAGGCUGGAGUUAGUUCAUCAAGAGCCACCACACACAGAUGGAUCCUGGAGAUGGGCUUCAAGUGUUGUAUUCCUCUUGUCAAGCCGCUCCUGAACAAGAAACAACGUCAGAAGCGUCUUACCUGGGCUAAAGAAAAAAAAGAACUGGUCUGUUACUCAGUGGUCCCAAGUCCUCUUUUCUGAUGAGAGCAACUUUUGCAUCUCAUUUGGAAACCAAGGACCCAGAGUCUGGAGUAGGAAUGGGGAGGCACACAAUGCCAGAUGCUUGAAGUCCAGUGUGAGUUUCCACAGUCUGUGUUGAUUUGGCGAGCCAUGUCAUCAGCUGGUGUUGGUCCACUGUGCUUCAUUAAGUCCAGGGUCAACGCAGCCGUCUACCAGGAGAUUUUGGAGCACUUCAUGCUUCCUUCCGCAGAUGAGCUUUAUGGGGAUGCUGACUUCAUUUUCCAGCAGGACUUGGCACCUGCCCACACUGCCAAAAGUACCAAAGCCUGGUUCAAUGCCCAUGGGAUUACUGUGCUUGAUUGGCCAGCAAACUCGCCUGACCUGACCCCAUAGAGAAUCUAUGGGGCAUUGCCAAGAGAAAGAUGAGAGACGUGAGACCAAGCAAUGCAGAAGAGCUGAAGGCUGCUAUUGAAGCAUCCUGGUCUUCCAUAACACCUCAGCAGUGCCACAGACUGAGAGCAUCCAUACCAUGUCGCAUUGAGGCAGUAAUUGUUGCUGAGUACAUAUGCAUGCUUCUGCUUCUCAGAGGUCCAAUAUUGCUCUAUUUGCAAUCCUUGUUUUGCUGAUUUCAUUUAAUAAUCUAAUUUUCUGAGAUUGUUAAUUUGGGGUUUUCAUCAGCUGUACGCCAUAAUCAUCACAAUUAUAACAAAUAAAGGCUUGACAUAUCUCGCUUUGCGUGUCAUGAGUCUGUCUAUUAAAAGGUAAAGGGACCCCUGACCAUUAGGUCCAGUCGUGAUCGACUCUGGGGUUGCGGCGCUCAUCUCGCUCUAUAGGCCAUGGGAGCCGCUGUUUGUCCGCAGACAGCUUCCGGGUCAUGUGGCCAGCAUGACUAAGCCGCUUCUGGAGAACCCUAGGCUCUGUGGUUUAACUCACAGCGCCACCCGCGUCCCUUAUCUCAUAUAUUAGUUUCACCUUUUAAGUUGAAUUACUGAAAUAAAUGAACUUUUCCACAAUAUUCUAAUUUUUCAAGUUUCACCUGUAUAUUGAUUUAGGUUGGCCUUGAAGUGGAGGUGGUCCCAUAGAUAUGUGGGGCCCAGGCCACACAGAAUUUUGUAGGUCAGCACCACACUUCGAAUUAAGCCCUAAAUAAAUUUGUGAGCCAGUUAGUGAGUGGUCAAAGUUGCCUUAGAAUAAGCUGUAUUUUUCUUGUGAGCAACCCUUGUUCAUACCUAAGCAACUAACUGUUUGUUUGUCAAUAGGGGUACAAUAAGAGCAUUUCCAAAGACGAAGUGAUAAUCCGCUUUGCUUUCCAAGCCUCCAUUACAGUGCUUUGUAUUGCUUGCCCUUGUUCUUUGGGACUAGCAACCCCAACAGCUGUGAUGGUGGGUACUGGUGUAGGAGCACAAAAUGGCAUCUUGAUCAAAGGUGGAGAACCUCUAGAGAUGGCUCACAAGGUAAGAAAUCAGACUUUCCUUUACAGUUUGGCCACAAACUGUCAUGUUUCUAAAAAGGAUCUGGCUAACUUCAUCCUUCCCCAAAGCUUGUAUGACUUUAGUCUGCCAAAAAAAAAAAAAGGGGGGGUGGGGGACAGAAAGCACUUGGUUUCUAAUGUGGUUUGCGUUCUUUUUGCAGGUUAAGGUUGUGGUAUUUGAUAAGACAGGGACCAUCACCCAUGGAACUCCAGUGGUGAUGCAGGUGAAGAUCCUAGUGGAGAGUAACCGGAUGCCACGCAAUAAGAUUUUGGCACUAGUGGGAACCGCUGAGAGCAACAGUGAGCACCCCCUGGGAGCAGCUAUUACCAAAUACUGCAAACAGGUAGAGGAGCUAAUACAGAGAUUUCUUGAUUCACCCUCUUAACUAUCUGCCAAGCACCAACUUAAUUGUGGGGGACAUACAGCCAUGUCUGAACUUUCCUGCCAUGCAGUGAAAUAACCGCAUUUGCUACAUAUUCACACCUUAUCUGAAAAUGUUGUGACAUGGUAAGGCUGUCUUUGUCAUCAGAUUUCUCUCUGGAGUGAGAGUUCAUGAGUAUAGGAUUUUGAGCUCAUAGCAUGCUCUGAGGUAAAGGAACAGCUGCAGUAUUCUGACCGGCAGAGGAAUGUGCACCUACAGUCUCUCUCAGCAUGUCAUACUGGGAUGGGGCCACCCAGGUUCAAAUACCCACUAACACAUGAAGCUCACUUGGUUACCUUGACCCAAUUGCUCUGUUUUAGCUUUAUCUGUCUCAUAAGAUGGUUAUCAGGAUGUCAUCAAAUGGGGAGAGUUGGGGUGGGAGAGAAUCAUGCAUGCCACCCUGAGCUGCUUAGAACAAGGGUGGGAUAACAAUGUAAGCCAAUGGGCACCACAAUGAUAUUUACUACAGUAUAUUUUUAGUAACUGGUUAAUUUUACUUAGUGAAUUAUAUUUAAAUAAUUAUAAUUAAUACAGCUCUGUGUACACAGUUCUGAAUUGUCUAGAAAUCUAUGGGGUUGUAUAUAACUUACGUUCUGCUCAGAGAAGACCCACUGAAAUUAAUAAACCUCACUUGGCUUUCUGAAGAGCCUCAUUAUUUACAGGUCUUACAAAUAUGUGAUUACUUCUGAGCAUCUCUUUAGUCUUAAGCUCCUUUGUACUUUUGUUCCCUCAACCUACUAUGUAUUAUUUAUUUAUAAAAAUAUUGAUAUACCACUGCAUCAUAAAGAUAUAUCACAGCAGUUUACAACAAUUUAAAAACAAUAAAAACAAAGUUUAAAACUAGUUAAAAGAAAAAAGAAAUUAAAUACAAGUAUCAAUAGGCCAUUAUGGGGGGGGUAUACUCCUUAUUGCCUUCAUAGGCCUAGUGUAACAGAAAAGUUUUCACACAUUUAAAAGUUGGCACAGAUGGCACCUGCUGAAUCCCUAGUGGCAGGGUGUUCCACAGGACUGAGCCAAUGCCUUUGAAGCCUCAGUUUCUCACAUUACAAUCUUGGAUGUGUAUAUGCUUUUGCAGAAUGACUUUUAAAGUCUAGUGUGCAUUUACCAAAUCCCAAGCACUAUCUGAUUAUAUAUUCUCUUUAGGAAUUGGACACAGACACCCUUGGAACUUGUACUGAUUUUCAAGUAGUCCCUGGCUGUGGCAUUAGCUGUAAAGUCACCAAUAUUGAAGCCCUGCUGUGCAGCAGGAGUGAGACCAUGGAAGAGAACAAUGUCAGGAAUUCAGCCCUUCUGAAAAUGGAUGAGAAUAUUGAGGAAAUUAUGCAUCCUGCCUUGAUUAUUGAUGAGCAGUUGCCAAGUAAGUUGAGAUGAAUCUGUCAAAUGAGCUUCAUGUAAGCAGAAGCCUUGUUUUGGCAUCUGUUGCUAGAGGUGCAUCAGCCUUUCUCUUUCACUGAGGGUGGGAUUUGAUGUCUUCUUUGCUUUUAAAAAAGUAAAAUAGUAAAUUGUUCCUUGUAAAAGCUCUGAGGGGAACUGGGUGCAAUUUCCUCUUGAUUGUCUUUAUUCUGAUCCACUUCCGAUGUAACUGUGGUUUAGUGUCACAAGAAUGAGAUGAAGUAAGCCUUGAGUGCAUACACUACCCCUUUCCCUCCUUUAAGCACAACUGAAAGUGCCAGCUUUUGGUUUCCUAUAAACUGGUUUCUUGAGUUCAGCUGUAUUGGGAAACUGCCUUUUAUUUGGCAUCAAAAGUGAAAGCUUUCAGUUUUCUAUCUUUGCAUGAGGAAGAGAGUAAAAUGGGGUGUAUGCUAGCCCAAAACUCAGUGGAGCCGUAGUUUAGUAUAUUUUCCUACCUGGAGCAGCAUCUCUCACUCUCUUUUAGUUUUCUUUAGUCAACUAUUUCCCUUAUUUUAUCAAUUUAAAGUAUUGCAAGGCAUUCCAAGUGGGAGAAACAUGUGUUGCAGUUCUCACUGGACUGAAUCAUCUCUUACUGGAGAUCAGGACGGAUGUCUAUCUGAAUCUUUCUCCCUCCCCACUCCCAAAUAAGCUUUUGUCAGGAUUAAAACUAGACUCGAAUACAUUGGGAGUGCCUUCAAACAUGCAAUUUCCCCUACCUUCAGCUUGAAGUAAUACGGUCCCAACUAAAGUUGUACCAUGUGACUAUGCUGCUCAUGUAGCUCAGCUGUAAGCACACUGUUGCACAAGUGCAUAAUCUGGAUAAUUCUGACCACACACCUGUGGUCCCUAGCCAUAGGUCCCUAGUGAAUAAAUGUUCGUGAAUAGCCAUGACUAAAUGCUCCUGCAAACUUAGCAUGCAUCAGCAGUAGUGUGUAAUUAACAGGUCACCUGUUUCUCAGAAACUGCAGUAACAUUUUCCUUUCAGCUACUUGGGGUUCCCACAAGUAUUCUGUUCUAAUUGGAAACCGGGAGUGGAUGUCUAGAAAUGGUCUGCUUGUCAGAAAUGAAGUUGAUAAUGCCAUGAUUGAGCACGAACGUCGAGGUCGCACUGCUGUUCUUGUGGCUGUGGAUGGUAAGCUUGAUAAUGAGGAUUAGGAUUGGAUUUUAUGUGUGAUACAUUGAAAAGGCAGGGAAGAACGCAGCUGAGGAGUAAACAGUGACUGAAAAAGUUGUACUUCAAGCAAUAAGGAGCAAAAUAUUUUGAAGACAGAUAAAAGAGAGCUCUAAGAGAGAAUUAGAUAAAUUUGUGGAGGAGACAGGUAUCAAAAGGCUACUAACCAUGAGAGCAGAAUAUGAUAACAGGAUGCUGCACUAGAUGUGCCAUUGGUCUGAUCCAGCAGGUUCUUCUCAUGUUCUUACAGUAUGCUAUAUUUUUCUAUAUAAAAUAUUCCAGUUCUCAAAAUGAAUUGUUUCAUAAUAUUAAUAGAUAAUCCAAUGUGUGGCUACAAAUCCUGUCAAACUGGCAGGUCUAACAUUGUUCUUAACUUCUUUUUCUCUGUUGACUAUUCCUAUAAUAAAUAUAUACACAAAGCAGUACAGUAAUCCUAUCCAGUGUCAUUUUCCUUUAAACAUUAAGCAAUGUAAAUAAGUAUUUUCAAUUGACUUGUGUCUUAAAAUACACACAGGUCCCAGUAUGUAAACACUUGUUAUACAAGUCUUCAGGUAUCUACACAUGAAGGAUUUGUAACCUAACAUUACCAAGUGAAUGUCUUGAAUCAGAUAUCCGAACAACAGUCAGAGAGACAGAUAUACGGAGAGACAAAUUUACAGAUACACAAUUGCAUUCACCGAAAAAUCCCCAUUCCCUUCCUCCCUUGUCAACUCUUUGUGCCACAAAACUGUUUUUGGUUUGUGUUUCCUGGCUUUCUUGUUGAAUAAAUACAGGUAUGUAGUUUAAUUGUAACAGUGUUUGUGAUUUUAUUCAUUAUAGUAAUGUUGUUAAUGGUUUUACAGGGUUUUAUUUAAACAAUUUGGGGGCAUGUUGUGGUUUUCUCCCUAGGAAGGAAUGGAGCAUGCUAUGUGAGCACCUGCCUAACAAACCGUUUCACAGGAACAGAUUAUGUUUGCAAAGCAGGACCUGUGUGUAUUUACAAUUACUUCUAUUAAAAUGCUUUCCAAGUAAAGCUGCCAGUAAAUGCAUUUGCAUAUAACAUUUAAGCGACAUUUAAUGUGCAUUAUUGAUUCCCACAGAACCUCGAUUCAGAUAGGUUUGGCUAUUAGAAAUAUUAUUUGAGAUCUAGAGAGAGAGAGAGAAAGGGAAGGAGGGCAUGUAAUGUGGCAUACUUUUAAAGUUUUGUGUUCUGCAUGUAAGACAAACUAAAUACCAAUAGUUCUAGGGCUUUGGGAAACUUUCUGGAAGCUUUCCGCCCAGGAAGCCAGUAUCACUGCUGUCAGGGAACUGCCAUCGGAAGGAAGGGAGGUGAAAGGACUCAGACAGGUUGGAAGAGACUCAGCAGCGGAAGAGGGAACCAGCAAGGGGAGAGAAGCUGAACUGAGGGAGGUGAAAGGGCUCAGACAGGUUGGAAGAGACUCAGCAGCUGCAGAGGAAACCAGCAGGGGGAGAGAAGCUGAACUGAGGGAAAGGGAGCUGGGGGGAUGGCUCAGAGAUACUUCCAGCGAAAACAGUGGUGAGGUUUCCGGACCUCCUGUUGGGACACCCACUCCUCGCCGGAAACUGUCACGCAGAGAGUCCAGAAGACGUGUUUCCGUUAAGGAGCUUUUAUGUUGGAAGCGACUACGAAAGCAGCCACUGUCGGAAUCUUCUAGUGACUAGAGGAGCCAUGUCAGAGGGGCUCAGUCACAGACAGAGGUUUGUGGACUUGAACAAACUCUGAGGGAAUACGAUUUUACGCACAAGCAGCUCAUCUUCCCAUCACAGCAUUCCGACAGUCUUUGAACGCAGCUUGUGCAGGAGAAGGCAUAAUGAGCAACCCAGCAGGAACCGGAGAAGCAGGGGCUGGAGCGGGUCCAAGCCUGGAAGAAAGGUACCGGGUGUUGGAGGUCCAGCUGGCGCUGCAGACGGCGAGGCUGGAGGAGAGGAGGGCUCAAGAUGCAGACAAAAGGGAGAAAGCCACCCAGCUCGCCAGAAAGGUACCAGGAUUGGUGCAGAAAUUUGGGGGGGAGCCCAAAGACUAUCAUAGCUUUCGGACAGAAAUGCAAUAUGCCCUCAAUCUGCAGUUUGAUGAUUUCCCUGAUGAGGAAUCACGAGUGGCUUUUGUGAUUGGGCAUCUUGAAAAGGGGGCGAGAGACUGGGUUAGACCCCUGAUGGCAGCGCAUAGUGACGUCCUAAAGGACACGAUGAAGUUCUUUCGCGCCAUGGAUCUGAUGUUUUCCAGCGAUAUUGAAAAGGGAGUGGUGCGCAGACAGUUAAUGGCUUGCAAACAGGGGAGCCGAUCUGUACGUGAGUACUGGACUGAGUUCACCAUGCUGAUACACAGAUUGGGGUGGGACUUAUCGGCGGAACCCAUUCAAAUGCUCUUUGAAGAAGGGCUUUCUUCGGCUGUGAAAGAUGAACUUUCCCGGGCGCCCAGGGCGGAGUCUAUGGACCAGCUGACCAAAUCAGCGCUGGCCAUAGGAGCGCGCCAGGAGGCGAGAGCAUUGGAGAGGCGGGAAGGGAAAGGGGAACGUUGGAAGGAGUUCCGCAUUCCAGACAUUCCAGAGCCAACUUUCCCGCCGGCAGAGCCGAUGGAAAUCGGAACAGCGCGCGCGCGCAGUUUCAAAGCCCAGUGAGGGGGAAAAAGGAGGGAAAAGGCGCCCGGAAAUGCUAUCUCUGCCAACAGCCAGGGCACUUUGCCAGAGUCUGCCCUCAGAGGAAGGAAUGGCAAGGGAUGGUGGGAGCUGUGGAGGGAAGAGAGGAAAAGAUACCGGAGCAACUAAAAGCCAACGCCUGGCUGCCAUUGUCGGGGCACAGCAGCCAGGCCAAAGAGCAGUGAAAGUGCCCACGCCAGAACCUCCUAAACCCGCCCUAGUGAUAGAAGUGACACUAGAGCUGCCAAACGGACACCCUCUAAAGAUAAAGGCGCUGUUGGACUCAGGCAGCUCCUGCAAUUUCAUGAGCAAAGAGUUUGCAGCUGAACACCAGAUACAGACGCUCCUUUAAGCAACCCCUGCAGGUAACCACGAUCGAUGGCAGGGAGCUGUUGGGAGGAGAAGUCAGCUUGCAGACCGUCCCAAUGAUAAUGAAGGUGGCAAGGCACACCGAACUCAUUGCGUUUAAUGUGGCCACCUUGGGAGGAGCUCCCAUUAUAUUGGGGAUGAGCUGGCUAGCGUUACAUGAUCCGCUGGUGGGCUGGCAUCAAAGAGUGGUUUCUUUUGGGUCAGCACAUUGCUUAGAACACUGCAAAGAGGGAAAGGUUUUGGCAGGGGCCCAAGCCACCCUAGCAGGGACUGAAGUAACGGAGAACGUGAAGGUACCACGACAAUACGCAGAUCUCCGCGACGUCUUCAGCGAAAGGGAAGCUGACCAACUACCACCGCAUAGAGCCUUUGACUGUCAAAUCAAUUUGCUCCCUGGGGCACAGCUCCCUGUGGGCAAGCUGUACGCCAUGUCAGACAGAGAGAUGCAGGAGCUAAGAGAGUUCAUUGACAAGAACCUGAAGAGAGGGUUCAUCAGAGAGUCCAGGGCGGUGGGGGGCAGCCCAGUGUUUUUUGUGGACAAAAAAACACGAACAAGCCGAGACUGGUGUGUGACUUCAGGGCCUUAAAUGCAGUGUCAGAACCAGUGGCCUUCCCGAUGCCCAGGAUUGACGACAUUUUGACAAGGGUGCGGAAGGGAAAGAUUUUCACCAAGCUGGAUCUAAGGGGGGCGUACAACCUGAUACGAAUAAGGAAGGGGGAUGAAUGGAAAACCACCAUGUUCACCCCUUUAGGGGCAUUUGAAUACUUAGUUAUGCCCUUCGGUCUACAAGCAGGCUCCGCAACAUUUCAAUCGUUUAUGAACCACGUCCUGGGGCCGUUGCUUUACAAGAAUUGUGUGGCCUUCUUAGACGACGUGUUGGUGUAUUCUGAGAAUGAGGAGCAGCAUGUGAGAGACGUCAGAGAAGUGUUGAGCAGGCUGCAAGCCAACCAGCUGUGGGUGAAACUGGAGAAGUGUCAGUUUCAUACCAAGGAGGUGGAAUUCCUGGGGUAUCGCCUGUCUGACAAGGGGUUGGCCAUGGAUCCCGGCAAGGUCCAGGCGGUACUGGAAUGGAAAACACCCAAAACAAGGAAGGAUGUGCAGAGGUUUUUAGGAUUUGGGAACUUCUAUCGUAAGUUCAUCCCAAACUUUGCCCACCUGACGGCGCCCAUUACGGACUGUCUCAGCAGUAAGAAGAAGUUCGUUUGGACGGAGGAGGCGGAGCAAGCAUUUGAGGAACUAAAAAGGGCCUUCGCCUCGGAACAACAGCUCCUGCAUGUGGAUUUACAAAAACCGAUGAGAGUGGAAACUGACGCAUCAGACAGAGCGGUUGGGGCGGUGCUUCUCCAGCCAGGGAAGGAGGAGUCAGAGUGGAGACCGUGUGCUUUUUUUCGCGAAAGCUGAACAAAUCCGAGAGGAACUACACGGUGUAUGACCGAGAACUACUAGCCAUUCAUGAGGCGUUCCGGAGAUGGAGGCACCUGCUAAUUGGCGCACAACAUAAGGUGCAAGUGUGCACUGACCACAAGAACCUAGAGUAUUGGAGGACGGCACGAGUGCUCAACCAACGGCAAGUGAGGUGGGCCCAGGAAUUCUCCAAAUUUAACUUUGAGAUUUGUUACGUGCCAGGACCAGAGAACAUUAGGGCGGACGCUCUCUCACGCAAACCUGAAUAUUUGGAGGGGGAGGGAGCACCCGAAGAGAGACAUGUCAUUCCAGAGGACCGCUGGGUGUGUGGGGCGGCAUUGGUGGGACAAAGAGAACUGGUAGAAGAAACAGAGAAUGAUGAAUACGCCCAGAAUAAGCUCAGAGGUCUUAGGGAUGAGGGAGAGGAAUCAAGGGGUUUCGAGGAAAGAAAUGGAGCUUUGUAUUACAAAGGGGCACUGUAUAUCCCUGAAGGAGACUUAAGGGGGAGGGUACUCAAGCAGUUGCAUGACAGCCCCACGGCGGGCAUUUUGGGCAACACAAAACCAUGUGGUUGGUCACCAGGGAAUUUUGGUGGCCUAAGGUGAGGGAGGAUGUACGUGAGUAUGUAAGAGGGUGCGAGCAGUGCCAGCGAGCCAAAGGGGAAAGGCGGGCGCCGGCGGGGCUAUUAGAACCCUUACCAACACCAGAACGACCUUGGGAGGCAGUGUCGAUAGAUUUUAUGACUGAUCUGCCGAAGUCCAAAGGGAAAACAGCCAUCAUGGUGGUGGUAGACCUACUAACAAAGAUGUGCCACUUUGUAGCUUGCUCGCAUGCAGUCACGGCGGAAGAGACAGCGAAGUUAUUUGUAGAACACAUUUUUAGGUUGCACGGGGUGCCAUUGAGGGUGGUCUCAGACCGAGGAAAACAAUUUACUUCCAGGUUCUGGAGGAAGCUCAUGAGCUUACUGCAGGUGGAGGUCAACUUUCGACUGCCCGGCACCCUGAAACCAACGGGCAGGCGGAAAGAGCAAACGGUGUCCUCCAGCAAUACCUGAGGUGUUAUGUCAAUGACAGAGAGAAUGACUGGGUAGAAAAGUUGGCGCUGGCGGAAUUUGCCUACAACAAUGCCGAGAAUGUGUCCACAGGGAUGAGCCCUUCUUGGCUAAUUAUGGGUGUCAUCCCAGGGCUUUCCCAGGGGAGAAGGGGAGAGAUGGAGCGUACCGGCAGCCGAGCAUUUUGUAGAAGAAAUGGAAGCAAUCCACCGUCAGCUCCAACUCAACUUAGAAAGGGCGAAGGAAGAAUACAAGAGGCAGGCAGACAAGAACCGAAGGGAAGGUGAAACCAUAAGGGUUGGAGAUAGGGUGUGGCUGUCAACCCGAGGGUUGCCGCUCAAAGGAGGUUGUAAGAAAUUAAGACCCAGGAGGUUGGGUCCCUUUGAGGUCAUUCAACAGGUCAACCCAGUGGCUUUCAGGCUCCGGUUACCCAACCACAUGAAACUGCACCCAGUAUUUCACAGGUCGUUACUGUCACCGUACGAAGGGGACGAGAAGGGAUGGCCACUCGGGGACCGGGUCAUAGAAGAAAGAGAAUGCAGCAGUCAUGUGGCAGAAAUCCUUGAUGCCAGGUGGAAGGGGAAUCAGGUGGAGUAUUUGGUAGCGUGGGAAGGAGAACCGGAGUCAGAAAACACGUGGGUAAUGGCCGAAGAUAUCAAUGACGAGGUAUUGAUAGAAACGUUCCAUCAAAGGUUCCCGAGGAAACCUCAGCCUGUGGAGAGGUUCCGGAGGGAAUACUUUGGGACCACUGAGGAGGAGGAGGAGUUGGAAGGAUUCCCAGAAUCGGAAGGGGAAGGGGAGAUGGACUCGGAGGAGGAGGAGUGCUUCGAGACCAGGAACCGCAACAGGUGGAGAGAAGUGUUCGAGACAUCGGAAGAUGAAGGAAGUUCAUUCCGGGUUUUGCCUCCUCACCGCCCGUAGAGGAGGGGGCGAGAGGGGGUGAAGGGGGCCCUGGAGGGGAGGUGGAUGUCAGGGAACUGCCAUCGGAAGGAAGGGAGGUGAAAGGACUCAGACAGGUUGGAAGAGACUCAGCAGCGGAAGAGGGAACCAGCAAGGGGAGAGAAGCUGAACUGAGGGAGGUGAAAGGGCUCAGACAGGUUGGAAGAGACUCAGCAGCUGCAGAGGAAACCAGCAUGGGGAGAAGCUGAACUGAGGGAAAGGGAGCUGGGGGAUGGCUCAGAGAUACUUCCAGCGAAAACAGUGGUGAGGUUUCCGGACCUCCUGUUGGGACACCCACUCCUCGCCGGAAACUGUCACGCAGAGAGUCCAGAAGACGUGUUUCCGUUAAGGAGCUUUUAUGUUGGAAGCGAUUACGAAAGCAGCCACUGUCGGAAUCUUCUAGUGACUAGAGGAGCCAUGUCAGAGGGGCUCAGUCACAGACAGAGGUUUGUGGACUUGAACAAACUCUGAGGGAAUACGAUUUUACGCACAAGCAGCUCAUCUUCCCAUCACAACUGCCUUGGAAAGUGAGAAGAAUAGCCCAUCUUUAAAUUUGUGCAAUGUCCCAUGGGUGGAAGGAGAAAGGGGGUGAAGGAAAGAGGAAAAAUAGUCUUUCUGUGCUCUUCAGAAAACAAAGAGGAUUAAUGGAAACAUAUUCAUGUCUGUCUAGGAGAACUCUGUGGCUUGGUAGCUAUUGCUGAUACUGUGAAACCUGAAGCAGAGCUGGCAGUCCGUACUUUGAAGGCUAUGGGUUUAGAAGUUGUUCUGAUGACUGGUGAUAACAGCAAAACAGCCAGGUCUAUUGCCUCUCAGGUAAGCUGCUCCAUAUGUUGGCUUGCCUUGCUUCAGGCAAUUUUCCUAAUGCCUACAAGGUCCAAAGGUUCCCCCCUUCAAUUUUUAAAAAUGCAAUAGGUUACUUAUUUAGUCAUUGGAGCAUCAGUUAAAUCAGUGCUACUCAAAGUGGUGGUCCACAGGCAGGUUCUGAGAGCCACCCUGGUGACUCCACCACAGCUCAGGUUGGGUGGGAUGCUUCAGGGACCAGAUAUGCUACUAGUCCCUGGAACAUUUGGAGGCAGGGAUUGCUGGUCUACAGCAUCAGAUCGCUUGAGAUGUAAUGAGUUAAAUAAUGCUUUGAUAUUUCUAAGCAAUGCCACUGAUUGUUGGGGGAAUGCUUUUCGAAGAUGAGAAUCUCGUAGUUCCACAGAACUCAUUAUUCUUAACAACUGUAUUUUUUUGUGUCUGAGGAAUCUUCUGGUGUGAUUUUGGACUUCCUUUUCUUUUUCAGGUUGGCAUCACUAAAGUGUUUGCUGAAGUCCUUCCUUCCCACAAGGUUGCCAAAGUAAAGCAACUGCAGGAUGAAGGGAAACGGGUAGCAAUGGUGGGGGAUGGGAUCAAUGAUUCCCCUGCUCUUGCCAUGGCUAAUGUUGGAAUUGCCAUUGGCACAGGCACAGAUGUGGCCAUUGAGGCAGCAGAUGUGGUUUUGAUUAGGGUAAGUGAUUGGAUAGAGUGAAGACCCAUAAUUCAAUGUAAAACAAAUUAUGCCACCAAUGUAACUAGUCUUGUUAAUUCUUACUUGGCAGAAUGAUUUGCUGGAUGUGGUGGCAAGCAUAGAUUUAUCACGGAAGACUGUUAAAAGGAUACGAAUCAACUUUGUCUUUGCUCUCAUUUACAAUCUUGUCGGAGUUCCUGUAGCUGCUGGUAUGUGAUGAUUCUGGACUUUGACAAUAUGUAUAAUAUUGCAUUUUUUUUCUUCCAUGGAACAUUAAUUGCAAGUAUACAGUGGUGCCUCGCAAGACGAAAAGAAUCCGUUCCGCGAGUCUCUUCGUCUUGCGGGUUUUUUCGUCUUGCGAAGCAAGCCCAUUAGAGGUUUAGCUUAGCCGGCUUAAAGAUCAGCUGAUAAGCGGCUUAACGAUCAGCUGAUAAGCGGCUUAGCAUCAGCUGUUAGCGGCUUAAAGAUCAGCUGUUAGCGGCUUAGCAUCAGCUGUUAGCGGCUUAACGAUCAGCUGAUAAGCGGCUUAGCAUCAGCUGUUAAGCGGCUUAAAGAUCAGCUGAUAAGCGGCUUAGCAUCAGCUGUUAAGCGGCUUAAAGACCAGCUGAUAAGCGGCUUAGCCAUCAGCUGAUAAGCGGUUUAGCAGCUUGGGAAAAAGGGGGGGAAAGGAAAAAAACCCCGCAGGAACUCGCAAGACAUUUUCGUCUUGCGAAGCAAGCACAUAGGAAAUUCGUUUUGCGAAGCACCUCCAAAACGGAAAACCCUUUCGUCUAGCGGGUUUUCCGUCUUGCGAGGCAUUCGUCUUGCGGGGCACCACUGUAUAUCAAUUAACAAUUCCUUAUGUGGGAGAAAUUUGUGUGUGAGAAAAAGAAGAAAGCUGCAGUUGAUAUAAAUAUGUUGCACAGAAAGAAGAAUGUUAAGGGUUGCAACUGAUACCCAAACUCAUUCUUAAAUGUUCAUGCAAAUUAUAGUGGGUAGAAAAAAGGGAAGCUUUUCCGGUUUUUAUUUAUUUAUUCAUUCAUUCAUACAUACAUACAUACAUACAUACAUACCCUACCUAUCUGACUGGGUUUCCCCCUGCCACUCUGAGCAGCUUCCAACAGAAUAUAAAAAAAUACUGACAUUUCAGACUUUAAAAACUUAUUGAUACAGGGCUGCCUUCAGAUGUCUAUUGAAAGUUGUAUAGUUGUUUAUUUCCUUGACAACUGAUGGGGGGGUGUUCCAUGGGGAAGGCGCCAUUACUGAGAAGGCCGUCUGCCUGGUUCCCUGUAGCUUCACAUCUCGCAAUGAGGAACUGCCAGAAGGCCCUCAGAACUGGACCUCAGUGUCUGGGCUGAACAAACUGGAUUAGAUUUACUUGCUUACUUACUUACUUACUUACUUACUUACUUACUUAAUUUUUGGCAUUUGCAUGCUGCCCCAUAACCCAAAGUUAUCUGAGUGAGCUGAACUUCAGAAGAGGGCCUUAAGCAAUGGGUAGGCAGGUACACAUGAGAAAAAACCUGGUUCCAACACAUUUAUGAGUUUAAAGGUUAAAACCAAUUAAAAAGUGAUGGGAAAAGUAAAUGGACCAUAAAUGGUCAAGCUGGCCUUGCUUUGGACCUGCUGCAGUUUCCAGACAGUUCUAAUUCCAGCUGUUUGAUUAAACAUGCAGUGUUACAAAACUCUACAAUUGACACUCUAGCUAGGUCCUCUGCAAGUCCAUAAAUCCUAAACUUGGGUUUUGCCUUCAGCUCUGCUUUGCCCCCUACAUAAACACUAAUUUAACAUGCUUUGAUUUUUUAAAAUGCAUUUCAGAAUCAUGUUUGUGACUUUGUUCUUUAACAUUUCCUAGAGUUAUUUCCAAUUUCCCUCCCCAGGUGUCUUCCUUCCAGUUGGUUUGGUUCUGCAGCCUUGGAUGGGCUCUGCAGCAAUGGCUGCCUCUUCCGUUUCUGUUGUGUUGUCUUCUCUGCUGCUAAAAUUGUAAGUACAGUAUCCUCAAGCUUCUCAUUCUUACUUUCAUGACUUGCUUGUGAAAUCCAUGGUUGCAUUUUGAGAAAAAUAAUUUGCUCUUCCAAAGAGGAUAACCAGCAAGCUGGGCUCUGUCCUACCUUUUGAAAAUUCAGGUAGGACUUACCUGUGCCUGCAGUUUUCCAGAAGAAUCCCCUGCCCCAUAACUGCUGUUCAGUUCAGUGAGCUUUCAGUAAUGUAUUUUUAAUGCAUUGCUUGUCUCAUUCAGCCUCAUAACAACUCUAUAUAGAGCAUGCCAAUUUUUGCAGUUAUUGCCGAUUGAGCUCGUUAGCCUAAUUACUGAUUUGAUCCUUGGUUAAAUUGGGGAUCAAAUUGAAGUUGUCUAUCCAGACUAACAAAUACUGUUAGUUGCUGAACUACCAUGGCUUUCACAUUCCCACUUUGUCCUCCUCAGCCCCGGGACAGCAUUUUAAGAGAAGGAGACUUUAUAUCCACACUUCCAUCCCAGUUAGGAAUUCCUCCCUUUGCCCAAAGACAUUGCAGGCAACAUAAGAACUGUCUGGCUCCUCAGCCUGGUCUGUUCUGGUUAUGGAUGAUAUUGUCACUGGGCACCUCUGGAGCCAGUCAGGGGAGUAAACUGGCACAGUUUGAUUUGAUUAUUGAUUAUUUAAUUUCUGUACCUCUUAAUAUAUAUUUUUUUAAAUCUCUUUAAGAGGGGUACAAAAAAGACAACUUAAAGCAAAAUAUUACAGAAACACACAGUUACAUAUACAGUGGUGCCUCGCAAGACGAAAAGAAUCCGUUCUGGGAGUCUCUUCGUCUAGCGGUUUUUUCGUCUUGCGAAGCAAGCCCAUUGAUGGAUUAGCGGAUUAGCGCUAUUAGCGGCUUUUAGCGGCUUUUAGCGGCUUUUAGCAGCUUAUCAGCUUAUUGGAUAAGCAGAUAAGCGGCUUAGCGACUUAGAAAAAGAGGGGGGCAUCUAAAAAAAAAACGCAGGAUCUCGCAAGACAUUUUCGUCUUGCGAAGCAAGCCCAUAGCAGAUUCGUUUUGCGAGGCACCUCCAAAACGGAAAACUCUUUCGUCUAGCGAGUUUUCCGUCUUGCGAGGCAUUCGUCUUGCGGGGCACCACUGUAAAAAUGUUACAUUAAUACAAAGUUAUGAAUAUAUAAAAAUCAAUAUCAAUUCAUCUUCCUUCUGACACACCCUCCCUCUCAGCCUCUAGGUUCUCAUCCAGAGUCCAGACUACAAGCUUUAAUAAUUAUUACCUGAAUGAUUAAAUUGCAACCCUGUUUCAAACUGAUGCAGAGGUGAUUUUUGUGCAUUUUCCCUUCCCUUUAGCUAUAAGAAACCUACCUGUGAGAAAUAUGAACGGCGUACCCAUGGCCAGGUGAGGCAGAAGAGCCCUUCCGAAAUCAGUGUCCACAUUGGAAUUGAUGAAACUGGACCAAGAUCCCCAAAGCUGAACCUCAUGGACCGAAUUGUCACUUACAGCCGAGCUUCCUUAAACUCCCUCUUCUCUGACAAGCGGUCCCUUAGCAGCAUAGUCCUCAGUGAGCCAGACAAGCACUCCCUUCUAGUUGUAGAUUCACGGGAGGAAGAUGACACAACUCUCUGAAAGUCUUCUUUUUGCUGAGAAGUGGACUUGGUCUCUCUUCAUGCACUGAUCUAUUCUGGAGGUUGACCAGCUGCACUGUGUUUCCGAUCGUUUUGAAUUGGAUUUCAAUUGCUCAGUUGACCAGGGCAAUUAUAUCCCCACCCCCCCAAAAAAUCACUUCUAACUCAAGAGGCUGGCAGUUUCUGCAGAGCUUUGCCAGUAUUAGCAAGCCAGAGCUUAUCCAAAAUCAACACUCACAAGCCACAGUAUGCACUGGAAGCCAGUGCAGAGCAAGACACUGCUGAGCUGCUGGGAUCAUGAAAGGGCAGUCACCAGCACAUGGUUUCUAGGCCAUGUCUUUGCAUGCAAUGCGACAUUAUUUUAUAGAGUGUGAACAAGUAAGGAUAGAAACCAUGAUUUCUUUUUUCCUUUCCUUUUUUUUUUAAACACAGAUGUGCCUUAUUUUGUAAUGGUUGUCUUCAUAAUUUCUUCCUAAUUUGCUAUGUGUAAAAUGGCAUUUUUCAGAAAACAUUGCAACACAGGUUAUCCCAUGAUUUGAAAAAAAAGGAAACAAUUCCCGUUAUUUGUUUCUCCUCCCCAUCCCAGCUGCAGAGCUAUAGACAAUUCAGUGCACUCACCCGAGGCUACUGGUGAGAACGGUGCUUUCAAGUGUAUAGAGGAGCUCCACUCUUGCCACAGCCACUGCCACACAAAGAAUCAAGGAGUCAGGGCCAUGCCUUGUGAUGUUUUUCAUUACUCAAAGGUCUAUGUCUUUGUAACUUCAUAAAGAUGGAGUGGCUCAGUCGGCAGAGCAUGAGACUCUUAAUCUCAGGGUCGUGGGUUUUGAGCCCCAUGUUGGGCAAAAAUAUUCCUGCAUUGCAGCAGGUUGGACUAGAUGUCCUUCACGGUUCCUUCCAGUUCUAUGAUUCUGUGAUCUGAGAUGUAUGCUGGUGAGUUUGAGAUGUUUGAAACUGCAGAGUUUAAAAAGAUGUGUUUUCCUUCAGCGCUUUCAGGGAGCUCCCAUUCUUGCAUUUCGAGUUUGAGGUUUUUUUGUUUAGUUUUUUUUUUUAAGGCUCCUGAGCAUUCUUUCUUUAUUUAUUUCUGAGCAGAUCACAAAAUUUCGUCUUGGAACUUUUAAUUUCUUUUCCGUUUUGCUCAACUAAAAAUUGUCAUGGUUGUCGCAAUGCUACCGCUACAGUUACAACUAUGUUGGCUUGGGUCUGUCGGGAGUUUUGCAGUUCAGAACAUCUCGAGGGCGUAAGGGUUGGGAAGGCAGUGCUAAGCCAAAGUGCGGGUUCUGCAUUGAUGGGAAGCUAUUGUUUCGUCUCCCUGCAUCACAGAGUUUAAAAUACAUUUGUUAUAUUAUUUAACUUUUAAAGAGAUUUGCGCUAGGUUUGCCCACGUUUCUCACCAUGUUUACAGUUCAGCAGGUCUUAGAUUAUAAUCCUUUGGAGUGAAUAUUGCCAUGUUGAUGUUUGAACAGUGGUUGAAGACAUACAUUGUAGAGUCCUUUAACCUGAUAAUAGAGGCAUUUUUAUAGUGUUUAAAGUAGCAAGAGAGAGGACCACGGUUCAGAAAUCACCAGGGCUCUUGUUCCUGACCUGCAGGGGCAUUAAUGCAUCAGUUUUAGUCAUCAUUAAUCCCAUUCCUAAGGCCAUACUUAGGGGGGAAAUGAAGCCAAACUGCAGCUGUUUCAAUCCCACCCCAGGUCAUGAUGGGAUAAUAAGAGUGCAGAAAGUAUAUCAGUGAAAGUCCACUGCCAGGGAGUAAGUAAUCAUCUGACUCAGAAUCCUGACCCUCUCUGGCACAUACCCUGUGCAGGUCUGUCCCACAUUCAGGAAUCAUGCUGGCCCGCACCGGCCCUUCUCCUUGGCAGUUAUGUGGCCACUCACCCCCUGCAGCCUCAGUUUGACUCAAGAGAUUGGGUUUACCAGAAAAGGGAGUGGGGCUGGCUUCAAUGGAAAAGCAAGGGCCAAGGGCCCCUUCCUGUCAAUUUGCCCCCUUUCCCCUGGCAUGUUAGGUGCCAGUGUUGGGUCCUGUGCCAGCCAUCAAACACCACUGGCAAGAGUGGUGAAAAAAUAUGUGUAUUUGAAACUAAGUAAAUUGUGUGCUUUCAAAAUCUUUAAACUAGAAAUGUUUGUAAGACUGCAGCUUAACUGACCAUAGAACACCAUAUUGACUGCCCAAUAGUGGCUGGAAAGCUCAAUGAAAUAUUUUCACAAUCAUGUUGCGUUUCAAAAUAGUAAUAAUUAUGGAAAGAUACUGAGGGGCGAGGGUCUACAGAAAAUAGGUUUUGAUGUUUGAUCUGUGUGAAACAGAAAUCUUGGAAAUAAAUUUAUUUUUCUGCAUCUCACAGUUCUGCCCUUGAAGUUAUAUUCUCCCCUCCCUUGUAAUUUACACAAAGCAUGCUUGAAAUAUUAGUUGAAAAGAGCAGCCAAUUUCUUUCUGAUGGAAUCAGCCUAUUAAAGCAGAGCUGGUGAUGGCUUUACUCUGAGAAACAGAUAUUUUAAAAUUUUAAUGGCAUGCCAGUCUGGGAGCCUUUACUUGCCUGAAUAAAUAUCCACUUUACUUGCUCUGCAGUUUCAUUGCCCAUUAAGCCUGCAGUGAAGAGCCAUUAACUUCCUGUCCUGCCACCUCAAGAAAAUCUGACCCAUAUGAUACCUCAGUUUAGUUCCUGUUUGUUGCCUGAUAAAUGGUAUUAUUCUAGAACAGGCAUAGGCAAACUCAGCCCUCCAGAUGUUUUGGGACUACAGCUCUCAUCAUCACUGACCACUGGUCCUGUUAGCUAGGGAGGAUGGGAAUUGUAGUCCCAAAACUUCUGGAGGGCCGAGUUUGCCUAUGCCUGUCCUAGAAGUAUUACAGUUUUCUUCCUUUGGAGCAACGGUUAUAUGUCAAGGCUUGUAUUGAAAGGGUUGAUAUCUAAGUUGAAUUAUAGCUAGGGAGAAACCAGAGAAUUGGUGUAGAGGACCACACAGUCAGGUCUGUAUCAGUUGACGGUGGACGUUUUUGUUUUUUGAGGCUGAACAAAUCUGCACUUUCCCCUUUUGAAAAAUAUUUGUGACGUGUUUUGAUGAAACAUUUACAGGAUUUCAGCUGUCACAUCACUUUGAUCAUUCACAAGAUAAGUUGUGGGAGUAGGUGCUAUCUUUUGGCAGGAGAUGAGCUAUUAGCAUUUGCCAUUCAUGAUCAUGUCAUAACAAUCUUCCAGUCUUCUCUGUGUCUCUUGUGGCAGAAAAUAGAAGGUAGAAUCCAUAAUGUUUCACUGCCAGCUGUUAGAUUUGGUUUCCUCUCUGUCCUCUUAAGGGCUACUGGCCAAGAAAUGGGAUAGUGUAUUUUAGUGGCUUCCUUACAGAAAAGAUCUGAAAGAGGAUGUGUUUUAUCUUCUUUCUUCUCUAUCUUUAUUUUUCAUCUUUGGUUUCCUCUGCUCUGGGACAUUAUUGGUGUCCAAGGAUUACAUACACACGAAGGUAGUGGAUAAUUGGUGGAAGGACCCUGACCGAGAGGCAUGGAAACGAAGACUCUCUGACUCUCAGGGUUAGAGACUGGGAGAAGAAAGGAAAGCUCCCAGGUGGGAGCUGGGAGAGUUCACUACAUCCUGUGUGAGACCAAAGUUACAAGCUUCCUUUGACAGAGGACUCUGCUUUUCUCUUUCUCUUUUUUUUAAAGUUUCUUUUAUCUAGUUGUAUUAUGAAAAAGCUUUAAUAAAAUCUAAUUUUUAAAAAAAUGAAAGAGGAUCCAAAGGCACUGUUUCCUCAGCAGCAGAGUUAGUGUGUAGCUUUUAUCUACAUUGUAGGGGGUCCCUUGGGGUCACUUCCAACCCUACAAUUCUAUGAUUCUGUGGUGGUUUGAAAUGUACUGCUAUCACAUACUUGAUGCAGAAGCCCACCCAGUGUGUCUUCCCUUUCUAUGUGUGAUUUGCUAAACUUUUUUGGAAUGUUCAUCUUGAUGCUUUGUGAAUAAUAGCUUAUACUUGGCUUUAAUUCAAAGAACCAAAAUUGCUUUACUGUCUUGACUGUACAGUGUUCCGAUAAAAUGUCUUCUUCUUUCUUCUUUGGCAAUCACUCAUAGCCGAGUAAGAUUGUCUUCCAUGAACACGGUUUUAGCAGUGAGUCUGUAAGUGACUGUGGAGGCCAAUUCUGGAUUCACAUGUCCUUCCACAGUGGGGACAGAGGUUUCCAAACGGGAGGUGAUCACGGUGAGGGUUUGCCAAGCGUGCCUUCCUCCUAGCACGUUUCUCCCUUUCAUCCUGAGUUCAAGCGUCUUCAAAGUCCAUGAAACCUUUGGUAAAGGCUAUUCUCCAAAAGGAGCACUCGCAGGCCAGUGUUUCCCAAUUGUCUGUGUUUAUACCACAUUUUUAAAGAUUUGCCUUGAGAGAGUCUUUAAACCUCUUUUGUUGACCACCGGCAUUAUGCUUUCUAUUUUUAAGUUUGGAAUAGAGUAAUUGCUUUGGAAGACAAUAAUGAGCUAUCUGUAAAACAUGACCAGUUCAACAAAGUUGAUGUUGAAGAAUCAUUGCUUCGACACUGGUGAUCUUUGCUUCUUCCAGUGCACUGGAAUUAGUUCGCCAGUAUUCCCAAGUGAUGUGUAAAACUUUUCAGAGACACCGUUGAUGGAAUCUUUCGUGGAGUUGGGGAUGGCGUUUAUAAGUGGGAUCUCUUCUCUCUCCCAGAUUUUUUCGAUGAGCUUGUGAAGUUGUUGAAGUUCAAUUCCGCCCACUUUGAAGACUUUGGCAGGUAUCCCAUCAGGUCUGCUGUUUUUGUUGUUUUUCAUUUGAUUAAUAACUGUACACAACUUUCCAAGAUUUGGAGAUACUGCAAGCUGAUCUCUGAUUUGUUUUUGCAGAAUUUGUGACAAGACCUCAGCAGUUAUGGCGGAGUUGUGGUUAAGGAGAUGCUGGUAUUGUUCUUUCCAGCAUGGUGGAAUAGCUUCUUUAUCUUUUAGAAGUGUAGUACCAUCUGUUGAGUGUAGGGGGCAUAUGUCAUGAUUUAUUGGCCCAUAGAUGGUGUUUGUGGCUUUAAAGAAACUAUGCAUCAUGAGUGUCAGCUAAGUGCUGGAUCUCUUGAGCUUUUUUUAUCCACCAGGUGUUAUUUAGUUUUCUGGUUCCUCUGUGAACCUCAGCCUUAGCGUUGGCAUAGGUUUUUUUCUUAGUGGCGCAGUUUCUAUCUCUUUGCCAGAUCUGAAAGGCCUCCCUUUUCUUGUCAGUAAUGCGUUCAAUCUCACUGCCAUCUCAUCAAACCAGUCCUGAUGUUUCUUGGUUUGGUAUCCAAUAGUUUGUUCACAGGCUGCAAUAAUGGAUGUUUUUAGCUUGGUCCAGUGUUCCUCAUCGUUAUCAGGGAACUCUGAAAAAAGAUGGUCCUUAAAAGUCAUUUGGAAGCAAUCCCACUUAAUAGGAUCUUGAAGAGCUUCAGUGUUCACGUUGCACUUUUGUUUCCUUCCUUGAAGCCUGCAUUGAGGUAUCUUGAUAGCCAUUGUGGAGCGUAUUAAUUGGUGAUCUGUCCAGCAGUUGUCGGAACUUGUCAUAGCUCUGGUAAGGAGCACAUCACAGUGAUCUUCAGCUUGGACAGUUACAUAGUCUAAGACAGUGAUGGCAAACCUUUUAGAGACCGAGUGCCCAAACUGCAACCCUAAACCCACUUAUUUAUCGCAAAGUGCCAACACGGCAAUUUAACCUGUAUAUCUCAUUUUUUCUUUGUGUUUCAUGUUUCUUCUUUAUGACUGCUGUUGUAAUAAAUAAUCCUUCAUAAAAGUUAUUGCAUUACAUUCUUCAUUAAAUUUUCUUUCCAUUGAUAUAUAAUUUUAUGGUAUAACAAUGCUAUUUUUCUUAAAAAAUGUUUAGGGGUACUCUCAUAUUGACUCAAGAAAAUCACCACGGGGGGCGGGGAUAAAUACAGUUCAAAUUGGGGGGAAAAUACAGUGGUACCUCAGUUUUUGAACAGCCUAGUUCUUGAACGACUUGGAACCUGAGGAGUUGAAACCCGGAAAUGAGUAAUAUCAAGGUUGUGUACUGUACAUAUAGUCAAAAGUAAGAUUCUGUACUGGUUGCUGUUGCCAACUCCUCCUUUUCCAAUAGUCCCAGGCCACAGAUCGAAAUCUUGCCCAACUCUUGCAUUAAAAUCACCCAGGAGGACUUAGGUGUCUCUGAUAGGAUGGUAUCCAGCUCAGAGUAAAUGUUUUUCUUUAAUGUCUUCAUUGGCAUCCAGUGUUGGUGCAUAAGCACUUAGAAUAGUAGCCUGCUGGUUUUUGGUGAGCUUUAUUCAAAUGGUUGACAGUCGCUCAUUAAUGCCGGUAGGGACUUCUGACAAGAGCUUCACAAGAUCAUUUUUGAUAGCGAAGCCUACCCCAUUUUUUGAUGUUCUUGUUCAGAUAGACCUUUCCAGAAGAAUGUGUAGCCUCCUUUUUCUUCCUUCAGUUGUCCCUCGCCUGCUCUUCGAGAGUCUUGAAGCACUUCAAUAUCAAUGUUAAAACGUUGCAGCUCUCUUGCAAUGAUGGCAGUUCUGCAUUCAGGAUGCUCAUUUUCUGUGUUAUCCCACAAAGUCCAUAUUCCAAAGUUCAAUUGUCUUUUAUGACCUCUGGGUGGUGACCCCACUGGGUGUGGUAAUCCAGUCAGGGAAAAAGGAGGGUAGACUACGUCUAGGGCACAUUUUUUAGCCCCUCCCCCUUUUCAGGGUGAGCAGAGUGGAUCCUAAAAAGGGCUGCUCAGUCAUGGAUACAGCUGCUGAGCUGCUCAACUGCCACAUUCCUUGAGUCAGAACAACUGAAUCUGUAUUCACCGCCCAUGUGCCGGUUUAUGACUAGGGGCUUCCAGAUUUCAUGGUCCUGCCCGCAUUACCAUUGUCAAUCACCAUGGGACUUUGGGGGGUUUGGGAUGGGUUUUUGAAAGAUGCCUGUGCGUGAAUUUGUUUUAUGUGUGUAGAUCAGUGUGUGCUGACCAUGACACAGUCUUUGCAGUAAGGCUCUAUUCCGAUGGCAUGAGUAUCACGACGAUCGGUAGAUUCCUAUCUGCUGCAGCCUUCAUCCGCCUUCACAGCCGUUGUAACAUGUCACUUGUUAUCUUCUGCCUGUUCUGCCGUUGCAGACUUCUUGGAUCCUUAUUUGCCUAGCUCCUUCCCUUUGACCUUACCGCCUUGUGUGGCCCUGCUGGGAGUCCAAGGCUUCCAACAGCUUCUUUCACAAGGGUCAUAGGAACGUGAAAGCCCACUCACCACAGCAAGGUGAUGAUCUAGCAAGUGAGUCCGAUAAAAUGUACUCUGCCUGUAAAUAUGGUUUGUUUCCUGUCUUGAGCACAUUUCAUUUAUUUACAGUUUUAUGUUAACUCAUGUGUGUUAAAAUAUCAAAAAAGCUAUUUUUAAAAAGCUGCAGAAAAAGCUAUGCAUUUACAUUUUAUUUGAUUUAUUUAUUGCUCUUCUCCACUGUUAGGCAAGAUGUUCUGCUGUCUGCUUCAUUUAAAUUACUAGCCAAAAAGUAAAUCUAGACAUAAAUGCAAGUCAGGGCUUCCCUUUCCUCUAGAUCACAUUUGGCUGGCUGGCAAACUGAAUGCUGAUUUAAUCAUCUGUCGUGUCCUCCCCUCCCUGUUUUGCCAAGUAGGAUGUCUACCUUGUUAGUUUUUUAAAGUGCUACAUGUACAUUUAUUCAGUUAAAUGUACACCCAUCUCUCUCUUUUUAGGUGUGUCUGUUAAAAGCAAUUAUGUUUUCUUAAAAAAUGAAAAACUGCUUUCAGAUAAGAGUUGGGUUGGUGAUGUCACUGGUUUAUAUCCAUCUGCUGCAAAUAUGCAGUAUUGAUGGGCUCUCCAACCUUUUCAGACCUAGGACCUACUUCUAACCCGAACAUUCAUUUGGGGACCCAUUUCUUAAUCUUUUGCCAUAUUUUUCAUGGUGGCAGUGCCCCUGUUGCAACCCAUAUUGGAUUGGGCCACCACCCACUAGCAGGUCCCAACCUACCAGUUGAAGGCCAGUGGACUAGGAGGUAAGAUAAUCUAAACAAAAUGCAGUGAGUGCAGUUCCAUUGGUGGUUCAAUGCUCACAUGAUGUGUGUAUGUGUACUCCUGCAACUGGGCAGAUGGUUGAAACUUACAUAGCAUUUUCCCACUGCUUUUAAAAAAAUAAAAUAUGUAGGUAUUUUAGUACAAAGGUGACUCACUGGUGGCUUACACAGGUCCAGGAUUUCUGAAAACUUGACUGAAGGUUGCUUUACAAGUUACAUGACAGCUCACUUGUUUGUUGCGACCGCUGGUCCCACCUUCUCAGUAAGCAAAUCUAACAUGCUUAGUGUGCACACACCCAUUAUUAUUUUUGGGGUGCCUUCCAAAUGUUUUGGGUGAGCCCAGAUUUGUAGGUCACCUGUGACAAUAAGAAUGGCCUUUCCCAAUAUCCUGUAAAGCUGUCCUGCAUUUUUAAGGAAACGAGAAAUGUUUUCAUCUCCUUAGGACUCUGAUUAUGGGUUCUACAAAGUACUACUGUGAGUACACAUUGGGUUGCAUUUAAUUUUCAGCUGAAAAAAUCAUAAGUUCUUGCCAUGACUAUAUGUAAUGUCUUGAUUUUCAGGAUACGCUCUGUAAAACGAAACAAAAAAACCAUCAACUUUGUGCAAUAUUUGCUUUUAAUGCAUAAUAUUUUACAUUUGGCGGGUAUGCCACAGUUAUAAUCUUGUCAAGAAUGUGCCUUCAGCUCUAUAAAUGUUAUAUCACAACAUUAC